AUGCAAAAGCUGAGGGAGCGAGGGCGGGAGCAGCCGGAGCCGGGAGGGGAUGCAGCGACUUUGCGAACACUUUGCAACUCUCCCUCGCCGGAGGCAGCGCUUCUCCCCGGCCUCGCCGCGGGCUCCCCCUGAAGCGCACGUCGCGGCCGGGCCGCUGGGGAAGCGCUCCAGGAACCCCGGCCAAGGAAAGGAGCGCGCGUCUUCUGAGGGGAAGCCGGAGAGAGGAGGAGGAGGAAGGACUCCUUUCCUCGUCCCCAGGGCGCGCCCUCCCGCCUGACCUCGCGCAUCCCGCGCCUCAGAGGGGGAACCUUUCAAGCAGCUUUCCUCAGCAAAAGACGGCGAGCCGGAGUGGAUAGUCCCCAGGCUGCUGCUGCUCCUGCCGUCGGCUGCCUCGAAGUCCCUUUCGGGACAAAGGCUUCCCGGAGCCGGCCCUUCCUUGGAAAGAGACUGCGAGGAUCCCGCGUCCGGGUAAGGAGGAGAAGGAGGAGGAGGCGAGACAUCUCGCGCCCGAGCCGCGCCCCCCGCGCGCUGCCACGCGGGGCUUCCCCGGCCGGCUGCGCCCUUGUCUUCUUUCUGCCGCUUUUCACGCUCUUUUGUUUCUCGGUGGCGGACGAGUCCUUUUGUGCUGUGCGCUGAUGGGUUUCUAGCUUCUCGGAUGUGUCGGGAGGGAAGGGAGGAAGGAGCCAAGCCUGGUGGCGCGCAUUCUGAUGCUGGAAAAGCAGGACAAGGGGCUUUCCUUCCUUUAAAGAGAGAUACCCCAAAUUCCCAAGCGGCUCGCGAAGUUUUGUAGGAAGAGAAAGUAGCAGCAGGCUUUUGUUUUCCUAUGGUUCCUAAGUUGCAUUUAUUUUAUUAUAGGGCUCGAGGUAGAGAGCAAAGCACCUUUAAAGUUGCAUUGUUUCGGUGAUAGAAAUACGCGUGUUUUAAAUCUCUGGCGCUGAAUGAAACCCAUAGGACUAGGAAGGGCUUAACUUUUGGAUUGUGCCCGUAGAUGUUAUUUUUGACACAGCCUGUUGUAUUGCUGAAGCAGAAAAUGGUCCAUAUUGGCGCUUGAAACACAGAAGAAGGGAGACUUUACCUGAAGUUGUUAGGGUUUUUUUGGGGGGGGGGUCCACAUAUUGGUGUAAGAUGCAAGAUGUGGGCUUUUGAAUUGUACAGGUCUCUUCCUAACCAGAAGGUUGUGGUGCUGAAUGGGAGUUUUCAGACAAGCAACUUGAAAGCUGUGUUUCAGAGAUUAGUUGCUGGUCUGAGCAAAAGUAUGUUUCUCGAGGCCUCAUCAGACAAAACGAAGGGCGUAGUUCACCAGGAGUUUAUUCUGCAUCAGCCCCAUUGAAAUGAAUGUCAGCUUUGUAAGCGUGCUCCCAUUCCAUCAUCAUCAUUAAUUAAAUUUGUAUACCGCCUUAUACCCACAGGUCUCAGGGUGGUCAAUAGGGAUGGUAUCAAACGUUUUCUAAACAAAGGCUAGUUCUGUGUAGCAAUAACUCAAAUGGAGUUUAUAAUGUAUGAUAAAUGUACACACUUUCAUAUCACCAUGUGUACAUCUGGCAAAAUAGAUAUGUAUUGGAGUUCACACCAUUUCUGCAGGUAAGUAGCUAUUGUCCAGAGAAUGAGCCACAUGUGAAGUGGUCCUCUCUUGCAUUAUAUUUCCUGUCCUUUGGGAAUAACAAAAUGACUAUGGUGCCUGCUUUACAGAUGGGAACUGAAACCACUGGCAAUCAGUGCAAACAUUCAGAAAAGAUAUUGUGGUAUAGUCUUUCCGUGACAUCACUACAUAAUACUGGAGGCAUGUGGUACAGUCCUUCCAUCACAUUACCACUAAAUAAUACUGGAGAUGUAUUCCCCUGCAGCAGAAAUUCCCUGAGUGUUAAGGAUAAUCAUGUUAAAGAGAGAAAGUUGGCAUACAAUUUUCUCCCUCAAAUCAUAGCUUUCUGUUUGUAUAAAGUUAUUGACAUGGAGAAGCAUUUAAACGUGACAGCCCCGCACCUGUUUUCUAAAGUGGUGCAGUCACUGGGGGGGACGGGACGACGGACGGACGGGAACAGUCUCACAUGCGUUUUAUUUCUGGGCAGGGAGUUAACCAAGUUCUCAGAGGUAAAAGUGUGCAGGUUCAUUGUUCUGCCCACUAAACUUGCAAGGUACCUAAACUGCUGUGUGGACCGCAGGGGAGUUAUUGUGGUGCAUGAAUGCCAUCUGUCUUGUGGGUAUCUGAUGCACUGAUCUGAAAAGCGAAUGGGAAGUAUCUGUGGAGAUUACCAGAAUCAUAUCAUAAGAGUAAAAUGGUAUCCGUUGCCAGAAUUUCCAAGAACAAGACCUUUUGUUGCCCUUUUUUUACUCUGAAGUGAUACCCGACCCCACAGACCUUCUGCAUUUAAGACAUAAUCCAAUAUGUUUGGCAGAAGGAUGAAAUCGCAAGAUGAUGAAAAAAAUAAUCAGAUAAAUCCAAGUAGAACAGAUCAGGUCUGUGUAAAUUCUGCACUUAAAUCAGAAUCCUGCAUCAAUGUAACCCAAAUUUCUUAGCAAAAAAUUAAUCCUGCGACAUACUCAUUUUGCAGAUAUACCAUAAUGGCAUAACUCCUCUUAUUCGGUGUGAUUUUGCACAUUUUACUUUAUAGUGGGUGGGAAGGAUAGGUUAUAGUGUUUCUGCCUAGUCAUGGAAGAGUAGCAGCCUCAUUCCUGACCACUGGAAGUUUUGUUCUGCAAUCCUUUGGUUUCUGCAGUUUCUCUGGGUAUUGGCCACAUGUUUUCAAGUAUAACUUCAUAAGUGCCAAAGUACAGAAACUUACUUUUUUCCUGGUUAAUUUGUUUAGGAAGCUGAAUUCUGCACACACAACGUUUACUGAUAGUCAUAACCACUACAUGGAAGUUCUUCUGCAAAAGACAUAGAAGACAACAUCCAAAGAAAAAGAGUGCUUAUGUAUUUGUUACAUUUGCACCCACUUUUCCUCUAGGGAGCUUGAGUACAUGGUUCUCCCCCUCUCCAUUUUACCCACAUAACAACCCUGUGAGGUAGGUCAGGCUGAGAGACAGUGACUGACCCAAGGUCACCCAGUGAGCUUCAUGACUGAGUGGGGAUUUGAACCCUGUUCUCCCAGGUCCUAAUCCAACCCUAUGGCUGCACCCAUACCAGCUCAUUCAAAACACAUUUUCACCCCCUGCCUUGUUAAGGGUGCUGGGAAUUGUGGUUUGUUAGUUGCAAGCUAUUAUUGUUGUUGUUUAGUAAAUUUGUUAGUCACUCCAAGACAACCCAAAGAGACUUACAGUUCUCAGAAUUAAUGGGGGAUUUUUUCAAAUGUACUUUAAAGGUCUGGUGUGUAUGCAGUGUAAAGCUACUACACCAUUACUGUCCCCAUCUUCAUCAUCUUCAUCAUUAUCAGUUCAUUAAAUGUUAGUGUACGUUGUGUGGGAAGAUAUAAAAUAGACAUGGUUCACACUCAAUGGGUUUUAUCAUAUGAUGCUGCUGAGAGAUAAGGGAUAAGUGAGACUUAACUGAAGGUGAGAAAUCCGAGCAAAUUCUAUAGUUCAUCUCUGUAAGCAAUUAUACAUUUGGUAGCAAUGUUAGCAGUCCCUAUGGGCCUUCCAAACUGUAAGGUUGAAGUUCUUUAUUUUCCAACUUCGGAAUACAAUAUGCGUUUUCUGCAGACAAGCUUUUCAGAUGCUUUGUCUGAAAAAGAAACGCUUCAUUAAAACCAAAACCGCAUACAUAAUGUAAAUUGCCAGCAGAUUUCAAUAGAAGCAAUACUGGUGGUAGGAAAUGACAGGCGCAAAGGCACGAUAAAGCCUUUGUUUGGACUAGAGGACUACAGCAUAUGAUAGGCUUUUGCCAGAUGAAGGUCUCCUGUAACAAUGAUCUUUAAUUGACUAAAUAAGGGAAGACAUUCAUUGGAGUGAAAAGGAAGGCUCACGCUUUGAAAGCUGAUGGGAACAAAGGAUGGUUAGGGUGUGCCUGUACUAGCUCCUCUUGUUGCAUUUCUUGUCAUUUCAGCCCAGUUUUCUCCUCACUGCCUUGGCACCAGUCUUGGCCCACAUUUUUGCACAUACCUUUCUUGUAUGCAUGAGAGUACACUUCCCAGGAUUGAGGGCCACUUAAAACAAAAAACAAAAAAAGCCCGAUGCAUUUGCUCAAGGAAAGCUUGUCACCUCUGCACUUAAUGCCAUCCUUUGAGAGCAAAAAGAAAGGGGUGAAAUGCUCUAAGAUGUUCCUAUGGAAUUGCUACAUAGCUAUGAUUGAUCAAGCUGAGUGGUGACUUAAUAUUUGCCCUCCGGAUAGAAAUUAGCAUUAGAAAUUUGCAAGGUGCAGUGGUGGGAUUUGUCUGCGCCUAACCAACCUUGCAGUUCGAAAGCACAUCAAAGUGCAAGUAGAUAAAUAGGUACCGCUCCGGCAGGAAGGUAAACACCGUUUCGUGUGCUGCUCUGGUUCGCCAGAAGCGGCUUAGUCAUUCUGGCUACAUGACCCUGAAGCUGUAUGCCGGCUCCCUCGGCCAAUAAAGUGAGAUGAGCGCCGCAACCCCAGAGUAGAGGGCAAGGUGUGAAGUUGGGAAGUUUGGAUGAGGGAUGUUGAGGAGAACAUUUGCCCAAAUCAAUUGCCGGAUGGUUAGCUCCUCUUUAAAGAGGUUCUAGCCUUCCACAAGAAAUGAAGGAAGAGGACACAGCACAUGAAAUGAAAGGAAGGAAGAUAGCAGCAGCACAUGCAGUUAACAGCUCUCCCCGACCCUGCUCCUUCACAAAGGAACAUAUGGAGAUUUGUAGAUUAAGCGAGUUAUGGACUCUUUUCUUGUCACAUUAGAGAAAGACUGUAAUUCACAUUGCCAGCUGAUGUACUAAUUUUCUUCCAAUUAUGAUAUUAACGCUUCAAAGAAAAGUGCUUCAAUCAUACACCUACAUUCGCACUGUGGUCUCAGUUCAUAUAUUUUCACCCUGAUCUCAAUGAGGACGUCAGUUUUUAAAGGCAUACCUGAUUGCUACAAAACUCUAAUACUUUUUGCUCAGUCCACACAAAUGCCUGCCUUUCCACUCUUUGGUUCAGGGUGUUAUGAGCUAGUUGCAAGGCAAUCUGCAUACAAGGAGGAGUAAUGUGAGUGUGCAAAAUCACACUUCUUAUUUUGGAGGUGCUGCUUCUCACACUACCCAGAAGCCUCCAGGAGGACAUGCCAUUAGUGAUUGGCUUCUGUCCUGAGGGAGGAAGACUGAGAGAAUUUGUAACUAUAUCCUGCCUUUAGAGUCAUGACAAAUGCCGUUCUGAUUUUACACUGAUAUCCGGUCCUACACAUCUCCUCUGCUUCUCUUUCAAUAUUUUUUUUUAAAAAAACCAUGUUCUCAUCGGUUUAACUGCCUGUUUAUUGAUUCAUUCCUUAGCUGGCAGGCUGUGGCCUCAACAACAGGCUACACCAGCCUUUUCUUGACUAUGUGGUUUUAAUUUGUGAUUUAUUUAUUUUUGAGGGAUAGCAGCGGUGUACAUAGAAAUAUUUAAAAGAGCUGCCAUGACGCAUUGCAUAGGUUACUGGAUUUUGAUGUAAGAGUAUCCUACAUUGGAAAGAUUUGAAGAAAGCCUUGUGUCUGAGCUUCUCCAGCUUGACAGGAUUAUUGUGAAGACAACAGUGAAACGUUCUACCAUUUAGAAAUGAUACUAGUAAUAACAAGUAUUCUCCAGUAAAAAAAGAAAGAAAAUAAUUUGGAUGGCUGUUCCAUGUAUAUAUUAACCGGCAAGUGAAAUUCAAAGGUGACUUUGUGUUUUUGUUUUUGGAAAGGGACAUGAUGUUAUCACCUAGACAAUUAGCUACUGUCCAGAAUGUGCCAGACCCUGGAAAAGGGGACUUGCUCAGAAAUAUCCAGCAAUUACCUCAUCCUUCAGGCCAACCUUCUACCUUUAGGUGUGGAAAGUUCUCCUUCCAUCCUCCACAAAAUCACUCAGUGGUGAAAAAAAUGAGCCUGGGCAUCAUUCUGGAUCUGAAUGUUCCUGGGAGGCUUCUGCUUCAGGGCUGGCAGAGGCAGGUUCACGUAAAUUUCAUCCAUGGUAUUUCUCUUCCAGCUUGGAUCUCAGCCACUGUGAUUGGAAGCUGUGACUUCUGUUGACACAGUUGAUCGCUGCAGCCAAAUUCUGGGAUGGAGAGACAGACACAUGGGUAUAUUCUUCAGAGAGAGCAUGUGAGGACUUCUGUGGAUAAUUCCUGUUAGUAUUCAGAAGCAUUAUCCACAUAAAUCCCUCAUUCAAACUGGAGAAUAGGGUGUUGUGUAUAUGUAAACUGCAGCAUUUCAUCCUACCUUAGAGUCCCCGGGGGUGGGCAGGGAAAUGAUUGGGUAAGCCCUUGCUCCCUCAUGGUAUUAGUGCUCGGUGCCUUUCCCACCUACUAAUUGGGGAGAUUUAUGGUUCCCAAAGUGGAUGUUGAAAAAACAAUUAAUUUUCCUGGUAACUUUUACAAACCCGACUUGAUGCUUGGACUGGAAAUGGAGCAAGGUUUCCUGGAAAUGUUCACCUCCAGAUGCUGGGAUAUUCAGCGUUCACCAGGAAUAUGACAAUGGAUUGAUUUACAUGAAGGAAUUCUUUCUUAGCACUUCCUUGCCUCCCAAGAGCUGCCUUGGGGUGGUGGUGGGGAAACUGAGCACACUAGCUGCUUUAAGGUGGUAAAACAGAAGCAAACGCCGAUUCCAAAUUAGCUUGAAGGAACAGGCGUCCCAUUCAGUGGCUUUUCUGGGCUCUCGGUUGUAAGGGAGGGUGGGAAAAAAUCAAGUCAAAAGGGGCAUGUUUCACUCUCCCCCCCCCCCUUUCCCAUAACAGCCGAGUAGCAAUCUGUGGGCACAUAUUUUACAGUAUAGGGAGAGAAGGAAUUUGUUUUAUAAAAAUAAUCUCGGGGGGCGGGGGGGAGAGCAACACAAUGUUUGAAACCAGAAUAUCCCGACCUGGAAAAACAGUUUGUUGAGACGCAGAUGUAGGUUUGUGGUUUUGAACAUGCCCUAAAGGCACAGCAGGGAAGAGUGUGAACAGAGCAAGCCAACAUUGUAUUUUACUGUAGGAGGAAGCAGAGGAGCAGCAGCCAGAUGCACCUCUGUUGUCUUUAACGGCAGGAAUUCUAAGGCCAAAGCCUCCUGCUCUUGGGCGAACUCACGGCUUAGCAAUAAGUUUCCCAGCCAUUCCUGGUGGUCUGCAGACCAUGGCAUGUAAGACAUCAUGUUUUUCACUUAACACCACCUCCAGCCUGAGGUCUGCUGUGUAAUCUCUAAGGGUGCCAUUUAGGUAUACAUAGCAUGAGUGAUGAGCCCACAGGGAAAAUGCACUUAGUUCUCUCUCUCUCUCUCUCUCUCUCUUUGCUAAACAGAUAACCUUCCUCAGAGAAUCAAGCUGGAAGCAACCAUUUCUUUUUCCAGGAGAAGCCCAAUUAUGCAGAGCGCUGAUUGGCUGGCCUUUGUGAUAGGCCCAAAGCCACACUCUCCUGCCUCUUCAGUCUGCUCUGUGUAACACUGACCAGUUACUCCUUGUGGCAAGUCACAGAGUCAUUCUCCCCUCCUGCCAAGCUGUAUUUCAAGUUCUUUUUUUAAAAGUAUCUGUGUUUUUUAAAGAAGGUUCUGAAUGAAAUUUAAUUGGAUGAAUGUUACAGUGGGUUUUUUUGGGGGGGGGGGAUGUAGCAGGGGAUUGUAAAACCAGAACACGUGGUGGUGGGAAGGAGAAGAGAAAAUCAUUGCUAGCUAGGUAUUAGUGUGAAUAGAGGAGUAAAGCUGGCAAAAAGCAGAGUUUGAAGUUGGGUCAAAAUGAUUAAGAAAAAACACACUGCAUCAUUCGCAAGUGGCAAGAUGGGGGUUAGUUUCAUGGGGAAAACCCUCAUUGAGCAUGGACUACUCCAUGCAUGUAGAAUUGCUCUGGUGAGAGUUUUUGUAGGGGGGAAAUGGUGCCCCCCUCAACAUUAGGUACAAUGUUUUUUGUCAGGUGUGCCAUUCUGAGCAGAGGUGUGUAAUGAUGUGGUGGUGUUCUCCAGUGGGUUGUGAGCGAAAAAUAAAAAAGGAGUCUUCCACCUCCAGUGGAUUUUGACAAGGAAGUUAAAGAGAUGGUCUCUGAGGAAAAUAAACAAGCACGACCCUGAAGAUGACCUUCCUUGAACUUCAGAGAGAUAGCGAAAAGAAAAUGUCAGAGCAGAGUUAUCGAUUUUACAGUUGUAGGAUAUCUGUGUGGCUUUUUCUUCCCAAUUCUUUCAAUUUCUGAAUGUGUAGCACGGGUGAAGAGAUUACUGUUUCAUCUCUCCCUCUUUCUGAUUAGCGCCAGUCCUGGAGUACUAUGCUUACAAGGGUUCUUUGUGGGAAAGUGGUGGCACAAGAAUAGAAUGUGAGGUCACUGCUUUUUCAAGGAAAGGAUGUUGCAUUAUAUGUAUUGCAAUACACAACAUUCCAUUGGGGUAGGAUAUCAGCCCUACUGAGUGACGCUGCCUGCAUCCCAGCUGAUCUAGGGUAACGUACUCUUGGUUCCAGGCAGCCAUUGCACAAUCAGGACUCAAAUCUACUUGCUGCCUCUUUCUGUCUCCCUACUCAUCACUUGUGGAUAUUAUCCCAAGUCCAAGUAAGCAGAUGACUCACCAGGAGUCCACAUAUGAAUAGAUUUCUUACCCAAGGCAAUUUUGUUUUGGUUUUUGUGAAAGGGAACAUCUUCUCUUUCCAGACUCAUUCUGGUAGAAGUGGGUUGAAGAGGGAGGCAUAGAAUGUCCACAUUAUUUAUGCAUGUGGGUUUUUUUCAAAAUUUUAUUUGCGAGGAUCGUUUUGAGGCAAGCAGUAGUUCGUUUUCAUUUUAAGAAGCUUUGGCAUUAAGCCUCUCCUUUACUGUCCCUUCAGGGUUAUGAUGACUUUUCCUUCAGACAGCUGUUGCAGGAAAGAAGAGCUUAACUUAGGCAAGGAAACACUAAUCUCUCUCUUCUUUUUUGCUUUUUAAUUAUAUUUUCUUUCUGUGCCUCUGUGUGGUCUAGUUGAUCCUUAAUGCCACCCUGCCAAGUCCACCAGAGAUUUCAGUUGAAAUGGGCUUGUAACAUUAACAGUAAAAUCCUGUGCACAUCUACUUAAAAGUCAGUUAUGUUGAGUUUGGAUUGAGGCCGCAGUCCUAUGCGCUGUUCCUUAGAACUGAACCCCAUUGAAAACUCUGGAAGUUUCUUCUGAGUGAACGCACAUAGGAUUGCACUGUCAGCCUGCUUGCAUCCUCUUCAUUGCUGUACUCCAUUGGGCUUGCAGAAUGAUUGCAGAUGCACAAAGGAAAAACAAACAAAAGCUGCAUUGGCUUCUUAGCAGAGAAAAAUGGACAAAAGGGCUUUAAAUUGUGUAAUUACAGCUUUCUCUAAACAUAUAAAAAAUACGAAUAAUAUACACAAGAAUGAAAGCAAGGUUCCAGGCAUGAACUGCUUCACUGCUGUGGGCUGAGUUAGAUCCUGACUGAAAGAUGAGUAGGAUGAAAAGGUAAUAGACUGGCUUUGGGAAAUUGCAGACCUUUCACCAGAGCAAAAACCUAACAGAUGCUGCAUUCACCCAGGAACAGCAGUAAGAAGAACCUUCUCUCAGUGCCUAGUUAAGGGCCCUUGUGGAAUUUCCAACCCUUGGACCAGCCAUCUCUCUCUGUUUGCAUGUUUGAAAAACUGGAAGUGGGAAGUUGAGAUAGGCUACAGAUUUCAAACAUACUCAUCGCUUGGUGAACAUCUUUCUAGUCUUUAUGACGUCUCGGGUGUCUGCAAGCAUGCACAUCUGACCACCACUGAACAUGAACAUCAUUAGCAUGAACAGUAGGUGGUUCUGUCAGAAAGUUAAGAGAAGAAAGUAACAGACUGUUUUGGGACAUGUAGUGCUUUUCGGAUGAGAAAGACCACUCUGCCAAAUGCCCCAUGCCCCUAGGAAUAGCAACAGGGAAAGGGCUUUCUAAAUGCAGAGUUAAGGGUUUUUGUAAUAGCCCCAGAAUACCCUUUAUCUACACAUUUGAAAAUUCCUGUAUCAGAAAGGCAAGUUAGGCCAUGCUGCAUAUUUCACCACUCCCACCAUGGACUGGGCAUCUAAUACAUUUGCAGUACCUUAGAAAAUUCCUACACAGUUCAGUAUAAAAGAAUAAAAGCCAGAAAUAUAUGUGCAGUGGUAUGAGACUAUAAAGCAAACAGAUUACAACUAAAUAUCACAUAAGCAGAGAAUUGCUAUGCAGCCAACUGUACAUUUUUCCUUUUAUGACCGUACGUCUAGUUUGAUGUUUUCUCACCAGUUUUCUGAUGCAGCCCAAUUGUAUGCAUGUUUGCUUAGGAAUAAGUCCCACUAAUCACAGUGGGGCUUUCUUCCAGGUAGGUGUGCAUAUGAUUGCAGCCUUAGGCUGGACUCCGCAGCCUACUCUAACCAGAUGUGCAUAGGAUUCUACUGGUAAUGAUUCAUAAGCGGGUGUUCCUGACAUAAUGUGUUAGAUCUCCCUUUUUGGUCAGUUCACAUGAGCAUUUUCUGAUGCUGCUCUGAACCCCUGAUUGCAGCAGUUUGGAGUGCAUGUGUUGGAAAAUCCAAAUUUUGUACCUAGGCAGCCCAGUUCUAUGUCAGGAGAAACUGAAUCCUGCAAUAAUACAUUAAUCUGCUUAUUUUGUGCACACAUUUGCUUAUUUUGCACAAUUUUGCUUCCUUUAGUCACAGGAUGUGAUGAAGAAAUAUUAAGGGCUGAAUGCCAGUUGGGGGUGGGGGGGGUCACUACUCCCCCCCUCUGCCUUUUUGACACCUGCUUCCUCGGUUUCCCCAUGCAGAGUGAGUUCUGUCUCCAGGCAAGCAAGCAUUCUGAGCAUCCUUCAGCUUGGUAUCAGCACGGAUGGCAAGCCAGAGAACAGUGCCCAGUCUACCAUUGGAUCUUUGUUGAAUUUGGGGGUAGGGUGCUGCUGCUAGAGACAGUGCUGUCAACACAACCUGUGGUGGCUUCAAGGGCUGAUAACGUGAAACGUCUUAUGGCUUCGUGAUGACGCCAUGCUUUCUGCUUUCAUGUUCGUUGACUGCCAUACAAAAAUACUGUUUGCCUAAAGUUGUCGUAUAACUUUGCUAUAUGGAUAUCCUAAAAAAAAACCCCACAAACAUUUUGAAGCAGCGAGCAUUUUCAUGUGGUGAAACUGCAAUAGUUGCUUACUGUAUUCCACCAUGUGUAAUGUGGUUUACUCCCAGGUAGCUGUGCAUGGGAUCAUAGGCCAGCAUAACUUCUGUUUCAUUGCAUCCCUAUUGUGAUAAUGGUUUGUAAAGUUAUCCCUUUUGGUUUAAGCGAAAGGAGCAUUCUGAGCAUUUGAAACCACUUUAGCUGCUGAUACACACACUCUCAUUGGGUAUGUACAGGGUGAGUCCUUUAAAAGAGGCCCCGUGGGUACAGAGUACACAUGUUCCACGGGGCCUCUUUUAAAAGACUCACCCUGUAGUUUGCUGCCUUGGCUGUCAUCAUGAAAGAUACUUUUUGCUAUGUACUGAAGUUCUCACCCUGGGCCAGCAGCGGGAUACUGUAGAUAAUUAUGCAAAUGAAGGAUCGAAAAGUGACGUUCAGUGAUUGGAUAGUUUUGUAUGCAAAUGAAGGAUCGAAAAGUGUCAUUCAGUGAUUGGAUAGUUUUAGAAAAUGGCAACAGUUGCAUUGUUCUGGAGCUCUAUAUAAGCAGGCUGACUGAGCUCCUCAGCCUAGUUCUGUUCUGGCAUCUGAAUAAAGAAGAGCUGUUUAAAGAAUCGCUGUGUCGCCUGACAUGUUCGCCCACAACUUAACACUUUUUUAGGGACAGAGCUGUACUGGUUUGGUUAGCAAUGCCUUUUCACGGGUAUGCUUUUGUCACCAAAAGAAUACUAGGUAAGGAUGGGGAGCAGCUAAGGACAUAUGAGACCAGGACCACAUAUUUGGGCAGGGCAGGACAAUGAUAAUUGAGAACUUGGAAGAGGCUGUCUAGGUUUCUCUUUCUUUCUGCAAAGAGAAGUGUCUGUACUGGAACUCAGCCUGUGCUAGUUUCACACACCACAUGCUCCAUGCCCAAGGCAACCUUGACAGUCCCCUCAGGCUGGAGCAGCAGUUUCCUUUGUGCCUAGACAGGCAAACCAUGCCCUUCAUCUUAUUCCUUGCCUGUAGCCCCACUGCAGGUAAUUGAUCAUAUGUAGCCAACAAUAAUAUAAAUAGCCCAGCCAGUUGCUCUGUUAAUUAGACGUCUACUGUCUUGGUUGUUUUUACUUUUUGUGGCUUUCUCAAAGUUCUUCUAAUGAACAGUGAAUUAUUUAAUGUAGGGCUUUCCAACCUUUAUACAUAUAUAUAUAUAUAUAUAUAUAUAUAUAUAUAUAUAUAUAUAUAUAUAUAUAUAUAUAAUUUAUUUUCGUGAAUGCCACUGUCUCCAAGGACAGCUGCAGUGUCUGGGGAGUGAGUGGAUCACGUCAGAGGAAAUGGGGGGAAAUCCUGACCCAGAUGCUGAUGCUUCCUGGUCUCUCUGUCUGCAGGAAGGGCUGUAGCCUGGAGGCUCACAUCAUGCUCAUUCCUAUAGGGAGGGGAAAGGUGGUGGGAGCCUUCCCCAGAUGCUUAUGCUUCCUGGUCUGUCUGCAGCUCAGUGGUAGAACCUUCUGCCUUGUAUGCAAAAGGUUCCAGGUUCAAUUCCCAGCUAGGGCUGGGUGAGACCCCUCUCUGAAAUCCUGAGAGCUACUGCACAUCAGUGCAGACAAUGCUGAACCAAAAAUCUGCUAAUGCAGCUUUCUACGUUCCUCUAUUUUGCGCCCUCCUUGCCAAAAUUAUGCCUGUUUUGAAAGACUGCAUCUGGACUGCUAUGCACAGUUACACUUUGCCUCUAGUUCACUGCCUCCCCAGCUGUCUUUGCACGAGGUUGGGCCAGAUUGAACGGCACUGUGCAGUCCUUGCUGCUGCAGCGGCACUCUAGACAACAUAACAUAAUCUACACCCCCCGCCCAGUAGUGCUGUCUGCCAUACUGUGAGUGGCUGAGAAAGGACAGCAUUCAUGUUCAGUAUAGAGAAGUGCUUUUGAUAGGCAGGAGAUCAUCGCUCUCUAUCCAGAGGCUAAGCCAGGUCACCCCCUGUUUAAAUGUGGGGCAAAUUUGGCUUCUCCCCAAGUGGAAAGUCUCCUCUCCCUGUUUGAUACCAGGUCUGAUCCUAUUACUUGCAGCUAAUUAAUACACAAGCUCCAUGGAGCCUGUCAUCGCGGGCAAAUUCCAGGGAGCAAGAACAGUUUGUUGGAGCGGAGCAGUCAUAGCUGUGUAUUAUUUUCCACUGUGUUUUCAUCUUUCUCUGCUUUCAGACAUAAAAAAGAGGUGGAUGGUGGAGAAAAGGAGUGUGAAUCAAUUAAAUAAUUCUACGACCAUGGUUUUUCUCACUUCACAGAGUUAUUUUGCUGAACACUGAGUCAUUUUGGGAAAAUGUGACUUCAUGCUUCCAUAGAGUUUCCUUAGUCACCUGCGUAAUGAAAGGUGCUUCCUUUCUUGUAGGGUGGCCCCUAGAUACAGGCACAGAUAAAUGGGCUAAUAUUUGCAGUCAUCCUUAGCAGCUGGUUGGCUGACUCAUCCUCCCUUUUUUAAACCUUGCUUUAUUUUAAAAAAUCAACUCUACACUCUUCCAUUUUCUUAUCCCUCCAGAAGAAAGUAUUCCAGGCACAUGUAUUCCCCACAGAGAAGGCAAGAUAUGCUAAUUUAUAAUUAUCCUCAUUAGGUGGGAUGGUGAGAGCACACAGCUGCAAGAAAGAGGAAAUUAGUCUCAAUGGGCUAUAAUUGCCUUGCAAAUGAAAAGUUCUGAGCCCAGAGUACUGGGAAAUGGCACCAAGCCUAAGCUUCCAGUCUAGGCACACUCAAGAGGAGAGAAGACCAUGCUAGGUCACUGGCAUUAUUCACCACUGGCAUUAGUUGUGACAGCUGUGGGUGCCAGGAGCAGGUCAGCAAUAACUCACACGGCUUCAGUGAGGUUAACUCAUUAUUCAGAGAAACAAGACAGCUCCAGAGGCCACGCCUAGAGAGCACAGCAACUCUUGCCAGUAGAACUCACUUCUCUGAGGCAGUUGAGAGGACUGAAGUUCCCCACCUUUCCACAGCUCCUUAAAUCUCCUCCCCAGGGUCCUUCCCAAGCAAGCUGAGGCACUGUCUCUGUGCCUGUCUGUGCUCCACCCUUUUCAUACCUCUUCUGGUUCUGGGAGACCAAGGGCAAGGGGAGCUGGUUGCAGCAAGAGGGAGACCACUUGGCUUCCUCACCUGCCUGCCUCUUGGUUCCCCUCCUCUCCUGCCUCUGCUUCUGCCGCUGGGCUGCUCUCUGCCACAGACACUUCCUGCUCACUAAGCCCUGUUACCUCUUCAGCUUCUGAAACCUCCUCCCAGUCUGCUCCAUAUUCUCUCUCUGGCUCUGAGUCUUCUUCCCUUGGGGGUUCUUCAGCUGGUACCUUCCACCACUCCUCUUCAUCUAGCCAGUCCAUGACAUCUUGCUCCUCUUUGUAUAUUUUAAGAGCAGGACUGAUAAUGCUGUGCGAAAACCAAGGCUGCCCCCGCGAAACAGCAUCAUCUUAAGUUCUCCCCUCGUACUCCGUGAUGGAUAGUAAUGGGUAGCUGUGUUAUGUUAUGUUAUUCGUCUUCCUGCCCCAGCCCAAUGAAUUUUGAGUCAUGUAAAGAAGUUUCAGUCUGCAUUAGUGCAUUGGUUACACCGACCAACUUCUUCUUGGGAGAAAAUAUGCUGCAUUUCACUUGCCCUCCAACUAAACAUCUCAAAUCUCAGUGAACAUUAGCUGUGUCAGAAAGCUGAGCGUCAGCUGGGAGCAGCUUAUCCGAAGAGGGAAGUGUUAAAAGGUGCACAGAGACUCUCUCUGUUUCAGCUAACAAUAGGCCAUUUAUUACUUUUAAUUCUGCCUCCCUUACCCAGACAGCAAGCAUGUAAAUGAGGAGUUUUGAUCCAGCACUAAAGAAGGUAACUGAGAUAUAGAGAGAGGGAGAGAGAGAGAGCAUGUUACAUUCUCUAAUAAAGAUUAUUGCAGAGGGAGACUGAUAAGGGGAAGCUUUUAAAAAUAGAUUUAAUUUAAGGUAAACUUUCUACUGCUGCACCUAGUUCCUACUUUUUAUUUUAAGUUCAAAUAUACAAAUACGGAAGUUCAGCUGGAAAAAAUCCCAGGCACCUGGUCCUCUAGGUGCCUAGAAUUUUUAUUCAGGCACCUAAUUAUUUGAAAUACCUUUUCCUGGCUCUGUUUACCAGCGGUGAACAUCUGCUUCCUUCAAGUGAUUGAUUCUCUCCAAGGGACUGGAUCAUGUUAUGUUCCUCACGUGAUUCUUUUUUUAAAAAAUAAUAAUAACUACUUCCAUUUUUCAGAAUGUCAGAAUCUCAAAUCUGGCAAAAUGAGGAGGCUUGUAGAAGCAUUUAACACAGCAGUUAUGGCUCCACAUGUCCAUUUUCUCACCACAGUAGUUUUCAUGUCAGCCGAUUUCAUGGUCAGCAGCUACAGCUGCUCUCCAACUACAGGCCUUCCAGGAGCUCUGUAGGAGCUCUACUCAUUGAGUAGCUACAUCCCUGGAUAGACCAGGGUGUACCUAAGUUGCUUUACUGUCUCAUUCAACUUCAUCUCUUUCAGCUGUGUUUGGAAACAUCCUUGAGCAUGAAGUUGUUAUGCUUAGCCACUUGUUCUAUAUGCUGGAGGAGCAGAACUUACUCUCUCAAAUACCUCACACCUGCUCUUUUUGGACUGAAACAUCAGAAUUUGUCAGUGUAUGACUUUGGUAUGAGAUUCUAUAGUGCAUCUUUUCCACUUGUUCCCUCAUUAAAUUUUCGCAGCUGACUUAGCUGUUGGCAUUAUUUUCAGAGUACCUGCACUGUUUUUGAUGUGUCAACUUUUCUGGAAUAGGUGGUGAUAAUUAUUUAGCGGUGGACAGUAAAUAUAUUGUUUCCACGCACUACUUCCUUGUUCCCAACAGUCUUUACAGGGCAGAGAGAAAGGAAUAAAGAUAUUUUUGUAACGAUCUAUUUAUAAACAUAUAUUUAUUGGGGCACAGAAGCAAGCACACAGACAAGCAGUGCUAGAUUCAAGGCCGUAUCAGUGCAAUCUUCACAGUUCUCUCUGCAGGAACUUGUUAGCACCUCUGCUAAACUGUUACUCCCCACCCGGCAACCCCCCAAAACCCUGUUUUUCAGCAUUGCACACUCCUUUAACUCAAACCGGAUACAUUAGUUCUCAUCUACACUACAGAAUCAGAUACAUGGCUCAAGAAGACUUUGGACAAAGGGUAGGCUAAUGGAGUCUUGGUGCCGUGUCAGCUACCAGGCUGUGCCUUUUAAAGGGAGGCCUUGUAGCAAACAGGAGUUUUGUCAACUUUAUGUGAAAGAAUGUCAUGCCUUGCUCCAGCCAUACGAAGCAUUUUGGUAGAUAAAUUCUUCAUUACUCAUGUUGGAAUUUGGCCAACACACUGAGGACCCCUUUGCCUUGAGGAAGAUAUUUCAAAUGUCACACGAUUUCAAAUGCACAUGUGUGUAUAUGACCUCAGCUUGACAUCUAAUUGGGGAAAAAACACGGCUGGACUGAUACAUGAUACUUUCUGAAGCAUAGUCACAUAUAAAAAUCAACAUCUGUAAAAGCUGCAUGCAGAUACACCAGAAAUGUGAAUUGACCAUGCGAGGCUUACAUAGUUCCAUAUCACAGUUGCUUUUUACUACUACUACUACUAUGUCUUGCAUGGGGGUUAUAUUUCUGGAAUGGCACAUAUAGGCAAAGAUACAUACCACCCCACCCCACCCCGGAAUUGCCCUGCACAAUCAUCCUUACCUUCCAGGUAAGGCAGAGAGCUUGCUUACCAGGCUCUGGGAUGGUCUCAUGAGAUCUCGUGGGGCUGGCUGAGUUCUCACAAGAUAUUGUGGGAACUCAGGUGGCCCUGCCAGAUCUCGCAAGACCAUCCCAAAGCCUGGUAAGUAAGGCAGGGAGCUUAAAAGCUCUUUCCAUGCCAGAAAAACUUGGCCCAAAAGGAGAUUCUAAGUUCUUCACCUUGCACACAGUUAAUUUGUGGGAUUUUGACCGACCGGCUUUCAAUUGCAUAAGGUUGAAAUCAUCACAGAUAAUCGCGUGCAAGAUGCAAUUAUACCGUACACUGAUGUCAAAGAGAGCAUAGCUUGGGAAGAAUGGAAAGAAAAGGAUUUCUCAUCACAAUACUGUACUUGAUUUUUUGGAAGACAUUUGCUUAGGGUUGCCAUAUGUUUUGAAUUUCCCGGACAUAGCUGGUAUUUGACCCUUGUAAACAUGACAGCCAAUUUCCUUAAAAAAUAGCUCUAAAACUCUCCUUUUUUGACAUUUUGCAAAAAAAAUAUAUAUCAUUGAAAUGCAUUCUGGUUUUCAGACAGCCCAGACUACUAAGCUCCCCUGGAUUCUAUGUGGUUGUGACAUAUCCAGGUUUAAACACACAAUUCUGUUGCUGUCAUGUCUAGUUUAACCUUAUGGUCUUCUCAGAGGCUUUGGUAAAGUUUCUGAAUUCAGAAACCGAGAGUUCAAAAAGAAAUGGAACUGAAAAGCAUGUUUGAAGCUAUGUAAAGGGAUUUGCAUAUUUUAUUUCACCCCUCCACCCCAGUUCCUCAAAUAUAUUGACAUGUUCACAUCUUGGCAGUUACAGACCCUGGACACGACAUGGAAAGCUUUGCUGUCUGGGUGGAAACUGAUUAAUGGAAGCCGUAAGCUCAGGAAACCGAAAGAGCAGCCGUCACACAAUCGCAGAUUCCAUCAGAAUAGUUAAGUGAACGUCAGCUAGAAGAGACUUUUAAAAUGCAUAAAUGGAUGCAGGGCUCUUUUCAAUACCCAUCACUGCGAAGAUAAUCUAAGCAGGGUUUUCGAAACCAAGUACCAGUCUUGCUCUGAGCUCCUGAUCAUUUAUGCUUUUCAAUAGGCUGCUUUAUGCACCGGGAGGCAGAGAAGUUAACUGAAACUGCUCUGUUGGGAAUUGACUCAGUUCUAAGAACCCAAGUGAAGAAAUAGCUUCUUGUAGACGCUUCGCUUGUAACACUAUUAAGUGAAUGUUUCUUUAAGCAGCGCAAAUAUUACCCGUAUUUGUAUAUCUACUGUGAGCAGGAGGGACAUCCGUUUACUGCAUUUAAAAACCCUAAAACCCUGCAAAUGGAGUAAUUUUCAGAUACUGGGUAUGCUCAUUCAGUACUGGGGGUGCAGCACUGCAGCAACAGGUUGUGUCCCAAAUCUACAAUCAUUCAUUGUAACGUCUGAAAGAGAAGGGGCUGCCUCAGGAAUUGGGAAAAGCCUUUACAGGUGGUUCAAGGAAGGUGUGUUGCCUGGCGGUGUGUCUGUGAAGUGGGAGAGUGGCAUUGUACCAACAAAUAAUAAUAAUAAUAAUAUUAACAACAACAACAACUUUAUUACAGUCAUACCUCGACUUACAGAUGCUUCAGGUUGCGUUUUUUCAGGUUGCGGACCACCGAAACCCGGAAGUACCAGAAUGGGUUUCUUCUGGGUUUCAGCAGUCACGCAUGCGCAGAAGUGCUAAAUCGUGCUUUGCGCAUGCGCAGACGUGCCGAAUUGCAACCGUGCAUGCGCAGACGUGCUGCUGCAGGUUGCGAACGUGCAUCCUGUAUGGAUCACGUUCGCAACCUGAGUGUCCACUGUAUUUAUAUCCCGCCCAUCUGACUAGGUUUCCCCAGCCACUCUGGGCGGCUCCCAACAGAGGGCUAAAAACAGACUAAAACUUCAAACAUAAAAAACUUCCCUAAACAAGGCUGCCUUCAGGUGUCUUCUAAAAGUCAGAUAGUUGUUUAUUUCCUUGACAUUUGGUGGGAGGGCGUUCCACAGGGUGGGUGCCACUACCGAGAAGGCGCCAGACCUAGAGUCAUACAACGGAUGUCAGAAGAGAGCCUAUGCACACACAACAGUAUCAGUCAGGAACAGUUUUCCACUAUGAUAUCACUCUCCCCACAACCGAACCUGUGUAGAGAGCUGGAUGGGGUUUGCAAAGGAAAAAAGCCUCCACAGGGGGCCCUGUUACAAAUAAUGCAUAUAGAUUGGCAGGUGUGGGGAGAGCCUGGCUCUGUGAUGCCACCCCUUCCUCCCCUGUGCAUUCAUUGUCCGGAAAGGGUGAGCCAAAUCCUGCAAGGGAGCCAGAGCUUAAUGUUCUCCAUUAGUUCCACUUCCUCCCUGCUCCCUAGCACCUUCUGUUAUCUACUAGAGUGAAAGCUCCAAAUGUAUGUUUUUGGGUAAAGGGGCACUUCCUAAAUGCAGAACGGCAUAAAAAUAGUAGAUCAUUAAAUAAAUAUGCGGCAAAGGUGUUCAGUUAAUAGGAAGGUGGAGGAUUCCAGUCUGAUGUGAUGAACUGAAUGGUAUGGAAACUUGCUGUUCAGCUUUGAGCAGCCAACAGCACUGAAGGAAGACAGCCAAUCCCUAUGGGGUCACUUGGUAUUUAAUAGUCCAUACCAAAAACAUAAACACUAAACCUGCUAAUAGAUCUACAGGGGUUAGCGGUUCGAAGAAUAUUAUCCACAAUAUCCCCCAAGGUUAUGGUGAUAUGUUUUGCAUGUUGCUGCUUUCGGAGGUGGCCCAUAGAUAGAACUACCGUACUUCCAUGUUCACAUCCUUGGCUUAUUGGUGACUUUGAACUAUGGGUGAGAUUGACACAUUCAAACACAAUGCGAUCCAAAUAGCGCUUCAGUUUUGAGGGGAAGGGGGUGGCUUUGGCAAGUCUCUUUUACUCAUUAAAGAGCUGUGAGGGACCUCUGACAUUAGCAUCACGAAGUGUGAGUCAAAUGAACUGACUCCCAGUUGGCCAUUUCCAUAUUCAUUCCUGUGAUUCCUGAUUUUCCGGCAUCUUCUGGUUCUCCUGGAGCAGAUUCCUAGGCUCCCUGCCAUAGCGCCGCGGAAACAGUCUGCUUAGGAAGAAACAACUCCUUUACCCGGAUGAACACAAGAUGCUGAAACCGGCCUUCCUGAUUUCCUUCCUUCAUCACAUGAUGUCUUGAAAUACUUUCUCUGGCACCUCUUUCAUCUGAAAAGCGAAGCAGAGUCCUGGCCUGUUCCAACUAAGUGGUAGAUUACCGCUUAGCCUAAGGCCAGCACUGUCACUUAUUCUUGUGCCCCAGUGUAUGAACUGCCCAAAGUGAUUCUUGCCAUGUUAAAGCUCUAGGAUAGGGGGUUCAUCUUGUAGCCUAAUAUAGUGAAUGCUUCUGUCCAAGUGAAGCAUGCUACUAGAUUUCAGGUGAAAAUAGCUUCUGCCCCAAGGGAUGAGGCCCAUGCAAUCAUAGAGGGCAAAAGUCAGAGUAGUUCCUUGACCCACCUGAGCUUAGUACUGUCACCCUCCUUUUAUACAACCCAAUGUUUGAGUGGAAAUCUUAUUUUAAAGGACAUUAAUCACUUAUUUAGCUGUAGUCAACGGGAAGCUGAAAAAAGGCUCAACCUACAAACAGGAAUUGUUUAAAUAAAAGAUACAAGGAGCCUGCUAAAAAGUGAUCCAAUGAGACCAGCUGAUGUUAUUAAUGCAUUUUAUUUGGGGGGAAAUAAUCAUAAAUCAGGUCAGGGUGGUGGGGAACAGGCUGACAACGCAGAAAACACUGGACUUCAGUGACAUUAUCUGGAUUCUCCAUAAAAACUGAGCAGAGGAUGGCAAUUCCAGAGACAAUCACUACUGUCUCUUGAGCCAUUAAUGUUACCAACUACUUCAUCCCUGAUCUCUAAUUCAUCGUUUUAGAUCAAGGUAUGGUUCACAGAUGCAUGUUCAUCAAUAAAAAUUAUACACGUAGGUAAACAUUUUAUAAAUAUAUAUAUAUAUAUUUAUACAGUGGUACCUUGGGUUACGAACUUAAUUCGUUCCGGAGGUCCGUUCUUAACCUGAGGUACCACUUUAGCUAAUGGGGCCUCCUGCUGCCGCCGCUGCACGAUUUCUGUUCUCAUCCUGGGGUAAAGUUCUCAACCUGAGGUACCACUGUAUUGCACAAAACAUUAACAUGUAGCUUUGCUUUUAACAAAUGCAUUGUACUGUAUUUACUCAAAUCUAAUGCACACCUUUUUUGGCCAAAUUACAUUGCAAAAAUUAAGGUUUACAUUUGUCAGCAAAUACCUUUUUUGGUUUCAAGGUUCUGAAAAUUGAGGUGCACAUUAGAUUUGAUGACACAUUAGACUUGAGUAAAUACAGUAUUUCUCAGUGUUCAUCAUAAUACAGUUGUACCUCGGAAGUCUAACAGAAUUUGUUCUGGAAGUCCGUUCAACUUCUGAAACAUUCGACUUCCAAAGUUCAGCUUCUGAUUGGCAACCCUGCAGCCAAUCAGAAGCCGCGGAAGCCCUGUCAGAUGUUUAGCUUCCAAAAGAACGUUCGAAAACUGGAACACUCACUUCCGGUCUUCGAUCGUUUGGGAGCCAGAACAUUCGACUCCCAAGGCGUUUGGGAACCGAGGUACAACUGUACAAACGUUUGCUCUGUCCCUUUGAAAUCAAACUUCUGUAAUAUAUGCAAAAUCGUUUCCCCAACUCCUUUAUGCUUCAAAUGGUCUAUUUCCUAAGUUAGAUGGGUUCCAGGCAAAAUUCCUUCGGUCCCUACUUCAGGUUACAAAUUGUGUUCCUAAUUCAAUUCUAUUUCUGGAAACAGGUGAAUGUCGGCUUUUCACCAAAGCGUGAUGGGCUGCCUUGAAAUAUUGGCUAAAGAUUUCAGUAUUUGGCCUGGGGAAGGGAUUACUUGUACAUUUAACCAACAAGGAGUCUAUCAGCUUCUGGUCGAAAACUAUGGUCCGAAAAGUCUCCUCGAUUGGACUUUCACCAUCCUUUUUAUAUCAUCUGGGUUAUGAUACUGCCCUUAAAUCCCUGAGGCAGAGGCUAUAAGACAUUUCAUACAGCGAUCUUUGAUCUCGAUCUUAUGUAACCUGUGGACCGUUUGCAUCUGGAAUUCAAUAUGGACAUGAUUUUCAGUUACCUUCAUAUCUUAUGAAUCUUUCAGUCCCUAACUAUCGUUGACUGUUUAACAAAGCCAGAUUAAAUGUAUUUUCAUCUGAAGUACUAAACGGCAGACUGGCCAGCGUACCCUAUCAGUAUAGGCUCUGUUUACGUUCUCAGGAUGUGGACUGUAUGAAGCAUAUUUUACUACACCGUUGCCAGUAUAAACAAGCCAGGGAUAAAUUAAUCAAACCCUUAUUGGUAAAUUUACUGGCGAAAUCUGAAACCUUCUGUCUCAAGUAUCUUCUUGAAGAUAAGUCAAAGGAUAAUACCCUGGCCGUGGCUAAGUUUGUCUCAGAGGUAAUAAGAUCUAGAAACCAACAUGCUCCAGAUAAAACUUAGUGACUGCCUUAUAAUCUUUACCCUGUAUUUCUGCUGUAUCUUGCUUUGAAACUGUUUCUUGUGGGUCUUUGGACCUUAAUAAAGAAUGUGUGUGUGUAAUAUAUUGGACUGCUGUGGAGAUGGAAUUUUUUGAAAAUUCAAGAAAUCCACAUGGAUUUCUUUAAUUCCUGUUUCGACCCUUCGCCUUGACAAGAAAUAAGGAUUUCCCCCAAUUUUGCUAAAGACGUGAACAAUUCUUGUAUAUUAUAUGCAAACAAUGUUUCAUUCCAAAUUUCCUAAAUUAUCCAGAACAUACUUAUAGCUGUGUUUAUAGCUAUAAAAUAGGUAUACAGUAUAGGAAUAUUCUUAUGAAAUUGUGUUAACAGAAAUAUAGUACAACAUGGCUCUUGACUCUUUUAUACAUAUAGCUGCAUAUAUUUGUACAUAUAAUCCCCUCCACCCUUCCCACAAAAAAACCCCUAGCAGUGUCUGAGCAGCUUGGACAUAUGGGUGCUUGUUAACCAAAGGCAAUCUCAUGUUAGCAAAACACAAUCUUAAGUGAGGUGUAAACAGCACCUCUUUCUUCAGUAGCCAGUUUAAGCAUGCUUUUUAUAACCAAACCAAACCAAACCAUGUAUUUUGGGCCUAAAUGGAGGAAGAUGACUUCAGGGAAAACAGGUGUGUGGGUUUUUUGGUUUUUGUUUGGCAAAUUUGGCAUUUGAUUAUACAUUGUAUAACAAAUAGCCGGUAGUUUGCCAUAUGCAGCAGCCUCUCCACCUCCCUUGUUCCCCUGCCAGGCAGAGUUACAAGGGUAGAAAACCCUUGUAUUUAAGUUUUGUUCACUGUAGUGUAAACGUUAUUUCCUCUUUGUGACAUUUAGUAGCGGGUGGCCCGUUAAAUUCAUUCGAGAAGAGAAGAUCUACUGACUUUAGUAGAGGAAGAGGGUAGCACAAGCCUUCUAAAAACAGCAAAUUCCCAUUUUAAGCAUGUCUUGAAAAGACUGUGCUGUUAAGAAUACGGAAUCUCUACUGCCCUGAAAAAUGGUAAUAGCCACAAUAGUCCAUGGCAGCUGUUGCCAUCAGAAAGAAAGACUUUAAGGCAGACAGUAGUUUUAUGAGAGCUGAAAGUGGUUUGAGAGAGAUUUUGUUUCCCAUGGAAAUGAGUACAGUGGUACCUCAGGGUACAUACGCUUCAGGUUACAUACGCUUCAGGUUAAAGACUCCUCUAACCCAGAAAUAGUACUUCAAGUUAAGAACUUUGCUUCAGGAUGAGAACGGAAAUCGUGCUCUGGCGGCGGGGCGGCAGCAGGAGGCCCCAUUAGCUAAAGUGGUGCUUCAGGUUAAGAACAGUUUCAGGUUAAGUACGGACCUCCAGAACGAAUUCAAUACUUAACCUGAAGUACCACUGUACAAACAUUUCUUGCCUCUGGUCAAAUAGAUGGGGCAGGUUUUUGAGGCAGUGCUUGAACCUCUGAAAUCUUGAAGCAAAUAAGUAGGACCAUACUGUUACCAACAAGAAAGAUGACAGAAUCAAAAACAAGUAACCUUUAACUCCUCCUGUGCAGCAAAAGAUAAGCCAGCAGCCGCUGCUCCAGCCUGUUCCCUGCUUGGUCCUGUUGUCAACGUUCCCUUCCCGUUUGCUAUGUUAGCACACCUGGAUUCCUGAUCAGGUUGGGGAGGGUGUGGACCCCAGGACCAGGAAGAGAACAAGCAAGAGAAGCUGAUGGUUCCUUAGAAGGUAUUUGUUGUUUGGCUUUAUCAACAAUAGCAGCUAUGCCUCAUUCAGACUUUCUUCAGCCCUUUCUCCUCCUUUCAAAAAAGAAAAGAAGCAGCAGCAGUGUCCUCAGACUGAAAGGCCUUCUGUCAUCGCAGGUGCCCAAGCAACGUGACCACCUGUUCUGAGCAUCACCACUAGCGCUGCUGUAAUAGCUGCAUGGCAUAGCCUUUGAUGAAGCCGUGCCUCGUAAAUCUGCUGCACUCCGAACAACUCUGAAACAGAAUAUACCAAAUGACUCCAUGACUCUGUAGGCUGGUACUGUUAUUCCUCUUCUCCCAAAUUACUAUUUGUGCAGUACAAUUGCCACCUCUGUUUAACAAAAUGUUAGAGGGCCAUUUAAAAACUAGCAAGUCCACUAACGUAAGUUUGCCAGUGUUUCGUGCAAACAGCUCCCCUUGUGCCAUUCAAGUAGUGCAGUCCCUGUGUGAGGACUAUGCCAUAUCAAAAGAGAUGCAAGAAGUGAUGAUAGGAAGAGAUUGUAAGAGGUGAUCACGGCAUCUUUUAUUCUGGGGUGGAAACCCAUGACUAAGUGCAAUGAAGUAAUUCAUUCUCUAUUUCUAAUCAUGCUGCUAUCAUAAACCCCCCAUCAGUUCAAGCACACAAGCAGUAGAGGAAGUCAAACACAGCCCAAAUGCUUGUCUUUGUUUCCCAGCAACUGUGUCACAUGAUGGAGUGGCUGAUAUGUGAAACAACAACAAAACCCUUGUUUUGCUCCACAAGUUACAGGAGGCUGGCACCAUCCUUUAAGAAGCAUGCCUUCCUGUGUGUGUCCUGAAUAGGUGCUUUCCUUCCAUGAGUUUUCAAAAUGGUUAUUAAUUCACCAUGUAUUGAUUUUUUUAAAAAAUGUGCUGUCUGAUAAACAUGGGGAAUACAGAGGUGUUGCACAGGUCCACAACUCUCAUUUGUUUUACCCAGCAACCCUGUAAGCUAAGUUAAAGAAAAAAAGUUGCAAAAGGGGAAAGUACACAUGGUUCAGGUGCCAUAGGGUAUCCACUAAUAAAAAAAAAAAUCAAAAUAUUUUUGAUUAACGAAAUAUGGCAACCCUAAAUGACCUGAUUCAGGAAUAAAGAACCUGCAGCUCUCCAGAUGUUGCUGGACUGCAACUCCUAUUGUCCCUGCCAAUUGGGCAUGCUCUCAGGAGCUGAUGGGAAUUGGAAUCCAACAUCUGCAGGGCCACAGGUUCCCAGUCCUGGCCAAAUUGGAGCUAAUCCAAUUAAAUAGAUAUUUGGGUCCAUCUUCCUUGUCCUGAAACAUCAUCUUACUCUGUAUUAUUUGUUUGCAUCAAUGAGCUGUUUCCUCUUCCAAGAACAGAUGUAGGAAGCUUAAGUACAAUACUAAAAUAUGUUUUGUUUUGUGUGGACUUUCAGUCUGAGGUUAAGAAUCUUGUCUGAUGCAAUGUCUGGAAGGAUUCCUCUGGCUCAUGUUCCCAUGAUGUAAUGAGUAAGAAUCAGAUAGUAAAGAAGCAAUAAUCCAUAAUUGGCUGUACCACGUCAGAGCAAUCAUUUGAGUGUACGCUGAUGAUGAAAUGAUGUUCUGAAUGUAAUACACCUAUUGGCUUUUAUUGGUGCAGUGAGGGGGGAUUCCUAAAGCAGAUAUCAAACAUGGAAUUUAGAAAUGUGGUUGAGCAGAAGUAAAGUUACUGAAGAUCAACUUCCCCAACGAUGCUUCUUCACAAUGAAAGUGCUUUCCAUUCUCCACAACAGAAGCCUUUGAGCUCUUGAGUAGUUUGCUCCUUUAGUUGUAUUUGGAAAUGCCACCGCCAUCUGACAUAGGACAACUGCAGAUGUCAAGUGAGCAGAGGUUUGAGUGCUUUUUCAUCUUGUGUAAAGCGUGCAGACUUAUUCCCCUGGAAGUGCACCUCCAGGCUUUGAAUAAGACAUGGGAACAUGGCGAGAGGGAGCAUGAAUCACACACAUUCUCCCACUUCGUUUCAUAUAACCAGGUGUGCUGAAUGAGCGCACCCAAUAAUGGUCAAGCCAGAUGAUUUAAAAACUCAUCCAGCCUUGUUGCACUAUUUAUGUUUAGCUUUAAAAGUUCACAAGCAACAGUUCAGGAUUCUGAUGCCAGGACACAGUUUUAGAAUUCUGAAAUGAGAUUAGAAAAAGAGUGCAGCCUGUGUAUUACAGGGGAAGGUAGCUGACUGGGUACAUUAUUUUGGUAUUGUUUUGUUAUGAAAUAAAGAGGGUUUCUGGAGGGGAGAGGGGAGUGGGGAGCCCCUGGGAUAUUGUUUGAGGUGACCUUACUGUUAGGUAGUGGGUGAACAUAUCAGACGACACAGCGAUUCUUCAACAGCUCUAGUUUAUUCACAGGACAGGACAGAACUGAACUGAAGGGUUCAGCCAGCCUGCUUAUAUAGAGCUCCACUACAAUGCAACUGUAACAACUUUCUGUAACUAUCCAAUCACUGAACGUCACUUUCAAUCCCUUAUUUGCAUAUGUGGACCUGAGUGAAAACUAUCUACAGUAUCCCCCUGCUGGCCCAGGGUGAGAACAUCAGUACAUAACAGGUAGGAUGAGGUUCAAAGAGAGCAAGUCGUUCAUUUUAGUGCCAUAGAGGUGCCAUUUGGAUUCCCAUGGACAAGAAUUCCUUGGGCUGUAUCAUCUGGACCAGGGGUUUUCAAACUCAUUACCCCCAUGGCCCAUUGGAGACUGGGGGCAGAGCUUGGCAUAAUCAGCUGGCAAUUACUGAUAAUCAGUUUUAUCUAACCCUCCUUGGAAAUUGCUAGAUUCUUUGCCACGUCGCUUUCCUAGCUUUCCUCAAGCUAUAAAUACAAACAUUAGCUCUGGAGGUUUUGUGACUGCCGCCCCACCCCCAUUUUAGGCAGAAUUUGCUGGCCCAGAGGGUUGAGCCUCAACAUACAGAAGGCUUGUUCUUUUAUAUUUUCUCCUUCCCGCCCUGGUGUGCAUGCCAAAGUAUUUUUAUCCGUUUUCUGUAAUUUCUUCUCCCAUUUGCCUUUCACACUCAAUUUGUGCCUUUCUCGCUCUCUCUUUCUCCCCCACCCCUGUCCUGAACCCCCACUAAUUUCUUUCCACCCUGGCCCUUUUACAUCUGUUUCUUCUUCCUUUAACAGCUUCCCUCUUAUCCCCUUCCUCUUUCUUCCCACUUUGCUUGCUUGUUUCUAAUGAAUAUCAAAAUUUUAUCUGUUCAUAUUAUUUUAGCUUCUUAUUCCAUUUCUAAUUUCCUUCAACGCCUUCUUGGGCCCUUUCCCUUCAGAGGAAGCUUCCUCCCUCCUCAUCCACAAAGCCCUUCUGUUUCCUGGCCAUCUUUACUCAACAUGCAAGGGAUUGCUGGUUCUGGCAUUGGUCCAGCUGAAAGGCUUAUGGCGACGGCAGGCAAGGGGUUAAGCAAGUGAAGAGGGACAGAGCAGGCUGUGGCACUAAAGCUUGCCUGAAAGUGGACCCACUGGUGAGUCCUGUCCCACUGUUUGACAGACAUUGUUCUAGAGGAGGGUUUCCCAAACCUGAGUCUCCAACUGUUUUUGGACUACAAUUCCCAUCUUCCCUGGCCACUACUCCUGCUAACUAGGGAUGAUGGGAGUUGUAGUCCAAAAAAACAGCUGGAGACCCCAGUUUGGGAAACCUUGUUCGAGAGGGUGGAUUUUGCACAGCCCAGAAAUCAAAUAAUUAAAGUACCAGCAUGGUGCAAAUAGAACCAAUCUUUUUAAUAAUCCAAAAAUAAGUAAAUCUGUCACCAGCAGUUUACUUUUCUGUGAGCUAUAUACUAUUUAAAUAUUACACUCGAAUGGCCUGCAACACAAUGAAAAGUCUGCUCCGGGUUGCUUGCCCCAUGAUGUUUCCCACCCUGCUGAGAUGAAAGCGAUUCUGAAGAGCAUCCUUAAGCAAAGUCUCAAAUGAAAACUGCAGACCAUAUUGCUUUGUGAGCCACCGUAGGCUUUUAACAGUCCUUAGAAAAGCUCAUAAACAGAAAUAUGACUUUUAAGAGGAAGCCUGUGGUGAGACAGAGGUCAACGAGCCUGCUUACUAUAAAAGUCUGGCUCAGAGCAACAGUUCUGAACUGAAAGGGCACGUACAGACGGAGGAGUAAGGACGGCUUCAAACGAUCCGGAUUUCUUAAAGCUUUGUGAUGAGCAAACUCUUCAUCCGGCUCCCAGUGCAAGUACCAAGCUAACGUUGCUUUUUGGAGGUAGCUAGCACAAGAAAAAGUUAGUGAUCUGUAACAGACCUAGGUUUGGAAUUCAUCCUCAAUUAAAAGUAUUCUGGCAAGACUAUAGAUAUAUAUUUUUUGUAUAUAUAUAUUUUGCUGGUUUGUUUUGACUUUAUUCUUUAACCCUUCUCUACAGGCCCCAAGUUAAAUUAAUAUUCAGCUUACCAUGAGCUGCCAGCUGCUUCACCUGGAUUUUGCCCUCAUUUCAGCCUCAUGACCCUGGUUCUUGACUGUCUAUAUGGAAGACAAUUGUUUUCCACGUUAAUUUACCCAUCGGCGUCUUGUUCAUUAUUCCUUAUUGUAUCGUAUCCUCAUCCAGCCCAUACUGACACUCAACUUCAUACUUCACAUAGCAGCAUUGUUGUUUUUUAGCUACAUUUGUGUUACCCACAGCAAAUGCAUAAAGUGUGAAUGGUGGUCUUAAACACAUGGCAGGGAGUCUGAGUGGUUGUGUCCAGCACAUGUUCACAUGCACCUGCCUGUUGCAUUUUAUGAUGCUGUUUUAGAAAAUAUUGAUGUGACAGCAGAGAAGCCAUGACAAACGUGACCGCUGUGUGAAGCAGCUGUGAGGACAUGCAUAGAUUUUAUACUGGGUAUUCUGAAAGACAGGCAACUCCCAUUUUACACGUGUGACCUGCACUGUUUUCCGAUCUGGCCACUUUUAGUUAACCACCAUAAAGGUGCUGUUCUUUGGGGACUGGAUACUCUGGCUGCUGGUAAACUAUGCCUUUAUGGGGGAUGGGGUUAUGUAUAUCUGUGGUAUUUCUAUGUUUUUGUUAAUUCUGUAUUGAUUUUUAUUGACUUCCUUUAAUUUUGAUUCUGUUAGGCUGUCCUGGGUCUCUUUUUAUGGGAGAAAGGCAGGGUAGAAGUCUUCUCAUAAAUAUAUACAUUUUCUUACACUGGCUGGGAUUUGUUGGCGACAGAAAUCUGUUCACCAGUUGUCCCUCGGAAGCCAGAAUUAACAGUACGUUCAUUGUUGUCUCUGGGUAUUUUGAUACCGGUCUUAAAAAACACUGAGGCUGCAAAACCACAUUGAUUGCAGUUCCAUAGAAAGGUGGUAUACAAAUUAAAAAAUGGAAUGGGACUAGAACCCUGUACUUGUUUACCUGGGAGUUAGUCCCACGGAACUGAGUCGAAAUUGCUUCUGAAUAGAAAGGUGUGGACGAUUGCAUUGUUAGAAGGAGAACAUUGGGUGGGUGGGUGGGUGCGUAUUUAGAACUAGAAAAUUUUAUCCACAUUUUUCCAGGGUAAGAAGCAGACAGCUGGGAGUUAAAAGCAACACAGAGCACACAGUUCUGAGUCUUAAAUGAGAAACAUAAGCCUUCAGACUCGGUUACUUGGGAAAUUACUAUUUUUAUGGCAAUAACAUAUCUGAGCCAAUAGUGCAGGUUGGAAGCGCAACACUCAGCCCUGUGUUUUACAAGAGAAGCUGAGAACACAUUCAGCAGUCUUCUCUCCUGAUUUCUCAAUCUUAAUUUUGUGAAAAGAGACAUCUGGGUCCUAUGCGUAUUUACUCGAAAGUAAGCCUCGUGGGAUCAAACAAUUGCAGUCUGUGUGUCUGUAUGACACAAGUAAGACCCCCCUCCCAAACCCUGAAUUGGCAGAAUAACUGAAAGUUGUGAGAAGGCCUCUAAUCUCGAGUUCUAUCUUCCUUUAUCUGCCAAUAAAAGAGGACAUGCUGUAAACUCUGGCUGGGGGAGACGUUUUGUUAUUGUUUUUUGUGUUCAAAUAACAGAAGGAAAUGGCGUCUACAAGUUAGCUGAGUGCUCAAGAGUAGCUGUUUCCCCUUUGGAGACUGAAGUGGCUGCUUGUUUCUCACUGUGUCACGGCAGCCAUGAUUGAAUCCACACCUGUGACAGUCGUUUUAGGGCCUAGGGCUGGCGGACCUCGCAGUCAAACUACGUAUUCUUCUGUUAAGCACACUGUUUAUAAAUGGAGUUAGAACUCGCCAGCAGCAGCAGCCAUGGUGGGCAGAGGGCAGUCUGGAUUGGGAUUGUGUUGUCACGUAGGAUGGGGAGAGGAGUAACCAAUUUCCGCUUUACUGUUUUCCAAUGGGAAAUGCCCCUUGCAGCUGCUAUUUGCACUUGAGCAAAUAUCACCUGAGGGUGGGGAGAUUUGAGGGAGGCAUGUUCUCCUUCCCUGCCCCAGAUCCUUAUCUGUAUCAGUGCAGGGACACACACACACACACACACACACACACACACAGGCUUUUUGCUAAGAAAGAGAAGUGGAAAAUCUUAAGUGCACUUUCAAAUAUUGUACUUAAUGUAAUGUUUAGUUUAGCUCUGAGAUGGAGUUUGGGGGUAGGGGUUAGGCUUGGGGUUUCAAGUGCAGGAAGCAGAUGAUAGUUACAAUCAAGGUCAAAAGGGGAGGCUGUCGGUCAUUGUACCAGGCCUGGCGAAUCCAAAGACUUCAUGUUAUUUGCAGGGCUUGAACAGUACAUGCUGCUAUUUCCUACUCUACCUGAAAUGAUUACAGUGGUACCUCGGGCUAAGAACUUAAUUCGUUCUGGAGGUCUGUUCUUAACCUGAAACUGUGCUUAACCUGUUCUUAACCACUUUAGCUAAUGGGGGCCUCCUGUUGCCGCUGCGCCACCGCUGCACGAUUUCUGUUCUCAUCCUGAAGCAAAGUUCUUAACCUGAGGUAAUAUUUCUGGGUUAGCGGAGUCUGUAACCUGAAGCGUAUGUAACCCGAGGUACCACUGUAAUUGGAUUCCCAUCCCCCUCCAGCCACUGCUAUGUUGCAGGACAUUGCCUUACUCUUAUUCAUAUGCCACUUCAGAGAUACUACUUUAUAACUGCUGCAGACGAUACCACUUUAUAACUCAAGCAGUAUAACCUCCAGAACGUAUUUUUUUGUCAUCUUUAAACCUACUAAACAUAUGGUAUCCAUAAGCAUAGCACAUCUGGCCUGAGCAUGCCCUCCACUUUCUGGGAUGAAAUAUACUGCUCCCCGAGACUUUUAUGUAUAAAUAUUGGUUUAAAAUGUAAAAAGUAAAGAAUAAAGAAUCUAUUUAUUGCUUGGGUUCCUGGUUAGAAGUGCAUGGGUUUCAAUUAUAGUCAUGUGAUUCUGUACCAAAACCCAAAGGCAGGCCAAAUGUAUUUUGGAAAGGGGAAGGGGUUCAUUAGUAAAAAGCAACCCGUGCCAAAGUUUCGUGAAAAAGCAGGAUGAAGGUUCAUGGACCCCUGGAGGAAACUUGGAUUAUGUGCAUGUUAAUGAAAGGGUUCUAAUAAUCUGUUUGCAGUUGGAUUCCUGUCACACACAACGUCAUUUACAACAGUCAGUAUGUACCCUGAGGAUGGAGGCAGGCAAUAGUUUUAAGAGGGGUGGAAGUGUUUUGUGAUGCAUUGGUUCCUGUGGUCUCCACAUACAUUUCUCUUGCUAGGCCAUCACCUCCGGUCAAGCAGCUUCUACACAGGGACAAAAAUAGGGUGAGAAUACAUGGUGUUGGCACCAUCUCUUCCGCUCUCAGGGUGGGUGGGUGGGUGGGAUUGUGUUUCUCCAGCCUGAGACACCUGUUCUGGGAUCCAAAUAUUUACAGAAUGGCUCUGAAACACUGAAAUAUUGUGAAACCUUUGUGUAAGCAAUAAAGGGACCAGGACAGACUGGUCAUUUAAGGCCUUUGGCAGAAAGAUUUUGGCAGCUAGAUAAACUAUCCCAUGGCAAUAGGCUCAGUUGUUAGAUGGUUCUUGUUUAUGAUAGAUUGAUGGACAAUUGGAAAGCAGCGAGCGUUCCUACUGGCUGCCUUUUAGCUGGGUUUGAAAACAAAAAUCUUAUUGGGAUUCAGUUGAAUUUUUAUCUUACUGGUGAUAUAUAGGCCACAUUAUUAGAGUUUAUGCCUAGCUUUAAAUAUAUUUAAUUUCCUACACAUAUGCAAGCUCCUGCCAGGAAUAAUCUGUAGGUGGUUUCAUUUGCGCAACUGUUAAAAGAAAUGGCAGCAUUUGAUUAUGACAUUUUUUUUCAGCUGCCCCAAAUAUCCUGUCCCAGAGCAAAACCGGUCAGUAAAUUACUCAAGUUCAAAGCUUGUUAUUACAGAAACAUGAUCUUCACAGACUUGGCUGGGUUUCAGGCCUAAUGAGCACAGCAGCAGAUAGGUCCGACUCUGUGAAAUCAGUUGCUGAGUCUAAAAGCCCCUGCCUCCCCAAACCCUUGUAAGUCCUCCCCUCUCCAGGGCUUCUUCCAAGCAACUGGAAACUGUGCCUGCGUGCCUGUCUUUCCCCCACCCAUUUCAGCCCUCUCCUGGUUCUGGGAAGGGAGAGACACCUGUUGCUCUUCACUGGCCUGACUCAUCUCUGCCUCUUGGCCUCCCUCCUCCCACCCUCCUGCUUCAGCUUCUACCUCAGACUCCUGACUUUUUCUGCCACAGACUCUCCCAAAGCCCUGUUACCCCUUCAGCUUCUGUCACCUCCUCUUCCCUCUCUUCUCCCUCUGACCACUCACCAUCGUUGUCCCACCCCCAAUCCCCAGGCUCUGAGCCUUCUUCCCUUGGUGGUUCCCCAGCUGGUUCCUCCCACCAUUCCUCUGCAUCCAGCCAUCCAUGGCAUAUCCCUACUGAGCUAACACCUGGAAUUGUGAGCAAACGUUGGAAUUCUGAAGCCAUAGCUGCUUGCACCAAGUCAGUGUGCACAUCAGAGCAGUGGCUUGCUUAACCAGUGCUUGCCCACAACAAGGGUCGGUUUUUAUGACCUCUUUGCUACCAGAGAGUUACUGUUUAUUUAUUUAAGACUGGCCCUCCUCACUUUGCAGGGCAUUCUAGAGGAUGGAUCGUACUGGGCUGGUGUUUCCAAUUCCACAGUGGAGGAAGAAGUACAAAGAUUUCCAGCUCUUUCCCCGAAUAGGCAGAGAGAGGGCCCAGUGCCGUGUGUUUCAUUCCGCCCCUUAUUAAGGAGUCGGAGGUGGUUCCUGCCCUCAGUGGGAUUCCCUUUCCAGGUUCGAGGCCCCCACUCCCCUUUUGCAGAUCAGAGAGAAGGCUCUGGGCUUCUGCAAAUAAACAGUUGGUGGGACCAGCGAGUUCUGCUUGCGCAGAGUAUAGACAGUUGCCUUUUAGAGCUUGGAGCGCAAGAGUCUGAAAAGCCAGGAGGGCCUGGUGCCAGAGGGGAAGUGCAGCAAGGGGUCUUUGGGGAAGAUUUAUUUUUGGGAACGGAGAGAUGUUAAGGGGGCAGAGGUUGAUGGAUGCUCUCAGCAGCUGAGGAUGGAGGUUGCAAGGAAGAGGAGGCCCCCUGCUUUCUUUUUAUUGCUCUCUCUGCCGAGCUGGAGCCUUGUUCAUGCAGCAAAACAGAGCAGCCUUCAAGCCCUUGAUGUAGAAGCAGGGUUUCCAUAUGCCGAGAGCCCCAGAUGUUUCCUUGAUGGUUUGAGGCAGCACACGGGGGAGAUACCAGAGUGCCGUACAUUUCCCAGGCCUGUGCGGUGAGAUGCGAAGUGUCCACUUUAAUUAAUGGGAGUCCCAUCUCUCUCCCACUGAUUUAUCUUAGUAGGGGUCGGCAACCUGUGGCCCAUGGGCCACAACCAGCCCACAGGGGUCAUUUAAAGGGGCCACGAGCCGACCGCUUGGCGAGUCCCCGUGCACGGCACUAAACUGGUGCAGCGCGGAGCGGUGACUUGCUUUCGUGGCGCUGGAAAUCGCGUCUCUGCAGACGGAGCGAUCUCCACGGGAGAGAACCGGCCCAGGCGAGGUAAACCUCGCCGACCCCUGGUCUUAGGGUGGGGCUGCAUGAUAUGGGGAAACACAGUUCCCAAAUGUUUUUCUCUCCAACUCCCCUAGAAAAUUGUUUUUUCUCUCACAGUGGUGGUCUAAAAUGGAAAGUUAACCCUUGCAUUUGCAAGGACAAUUGAUGGCAUAGGAUUGGCAGGAAGGGUAGGGUUAGCAGCCAUUCUUCCCUGUCAGUCCUUCUGCUCAUACAUUUUUUCUCUCGGCAAAUGCAGAGAACACACAGUAUCCAAGAUAAGAGUCUAGUUCCACUGUUAGCUGAAUAUAGACAAUAAAUUUACAAAUACGAUUAUUUUAGAACUGUCGUUGCCUGUGAUACAAAAUGUCCAGAUUUUGUGGCCAAGUUCUCUGAUCAAGCCAGGUUUGCAAGUUUCCUGUGGAGUUCCAAGCUGUGCCUAAGGAAAAGCUAGAACUAUCUCCCAACAGCAGUGCACAGUACUGGAGGUCUGUUCUUAACCUGAAACUGUUCUUAACCUGAAGCACCACUUUAGCUAAUGGGGCCUCCUGCUGCCGUCGUGCCGCUACUGCACAAUUUCGGUUCUUAUCCUGAAGCAAAGUUCUUAAUCCGAGGUACUAUUUCUGGGUUAGCGGAGUCUGUAACCUGAAGCGUAUGUAACCUGAAGCGUAUGUAACCCGAGGUACCAAUGUACUGCCCGUGGCUAUUGCAUUGGGUAGUACCUGCAAUACCUUCAGCAAUGUAUGCGAACUCUCCCUCUCCAGCACGUUCUUUAUUUCCCUUUGCUGCUUUUAAAAGUUUGCCUUAAAGGCAUGAAAUGAACUGAAUGAAAAUCUGCUUUGCCUGUUUCACCACUCCAUUAACUUCAAUAUAAUUUUACUUAGUUACAUUAAGAAAUAAUGCAGAAUAUUUAUACUUCGUUAUAAGGAUAAUUCAAAAAUGUGUAUGGAGAAUCUUAUGUGUAUAAAGUUUCUUUCUUUCUUUUCUGCACCUGCUGAGCUGUUUCGAAACUCCCAUUGGCAGAGAUGCCAUUCUUAAAAAGGAGGUCCGUAGAAUCUAUGACAUAGGUGACUAUUUCCUUCCUGCCCCUGAUAUCUGGGGGAGAAAUUUUAUUCUUCGCUAAGAGUGAGGAGCAAGCACCCGCACCAUGAGAAAUGCUUCUGAAAUAGAGCCUUAACCUAGCUCCCUUCCCUGCUGCAUUCCACUGGCAAGUAAAUACAUUUUUGUGAAAGGUUUUUUUUAAAAAAGCUUUUGCUGGUGGUUGAUGGAUGAUGCUAUCUGGAGGCUAGUUUUAUACCAGAAAUUAGCUGUCAGGCUUGCUGCUUUCUCUUUUUUUACUGUUGUUUAUUAUGUGACGGUUGAACUUGCUUUUAUUGGAUUAUUUUUUUUUAAAUCGUAUUUCAUUGUCGCCCAGUGCUUUAUGCUUUUGUAAUUAGAGUAUCUCUCUUUGGGUGCCCAUGGGCCAUGAAUGCAGCUAGCCAAUAUGAUGAAUAAAUAAUCAAUUUCUGUUGAGCAACAGGUGGGACUUUCACUUCUACUGCUGCUGUCACUCUAGCCCUUUCCCAGCACUGAAAGCUCCAAGGCGAGGGCCAGCCUUGCUUCCUAGGAAAAUAUAUAGGAUUAAUUGCCUAGGAACCUGAUCUAUACCUUUCCUUGUGCCUUUAAACUAUGCACCUUUGUCUUACUGCUUGGAGAAAGAUGGCCGGUACACAUUAAGAUUAACUAACAAUGCAAACUGCUACAUAGCAACCAAGCAUUAAAUAGCUCAGACAUGGUGAGAAGGUGGAGGGGUGAAUGUUCGGGGGGGUGGAGGAAUAAUGAGACUGGCAGUACUCAAAAAGGCAGUUGAGGCAGAGCGGCCAAACUACACAAUCAGCAGAACCUUGUUGCAGCUUUAAGGUCAUAUGUUGGAAUGCUCCCCCUAUGCCCUCCUGCCCACCCCCCAAAAGCACCCUGCUCAGAAAGAAAGAAAGAAAGAAAGAAAGAAAAGAAAAUAAUAAAUAAUAAUAAUAAUAAAAAAAUAAUAAUAAUUUAUUAUUUAUACCCCACCCAUCUGGCUGAGUUUCCCCAGCCACUCUGGGCAGCUUCCAAUCGAGUGUUAAAAACAAUACAGUGUUAAAUAUUAAAAACUUCCCUAAACAGGGCUGCCUUCAGAUGUCUUUUAAAGAUAAGAUAGCUACUUAUUUCCUUCACAUCUGAAGGGAGGGCGUUCCACAGGGCUGGCGCCACUACUGAGAAGGCCCUCUGUCUGGUUCCCUGUAACCUCACUUCUCGCAAUGAGGGAACCUCCAGAAGGCCCUCGGUGCUGGAUCUCAGUGUCCGGGCUGAACGAUGGGGGUGGAGACGCUCCUUCAGGUAUACAGGACCGAGACUGUUUAGGGCUUUAAAGGUCAGCACUAACACUUUGAAUUGUGCUUGGAAACGUACUGGGAGCCAAUGCAGAUCUCUCAGGACCGGUGUUAUGUGGUCCCGGCAGCCACUCCCAGUCACAAGAAAGAAAGAAAGAAAGAAAGAAAGAAAGAAAGAAAGAAAGAAAGAAAGAAAGAGUGUUGGGAGAAAAGUCAGGGUAGGCUAGAAGUUCUCUUCUUGAUAUGCAAUAUUUUUAAAUGCAUAAAUAUAAUACACAUAGAGAAAGAGAGGGAAAGAGAGAGUGUGUUCAGAUACGCAGUUCCCCCAUUUACAGUUUGCAAUGGUGCCAGCCAGUACUGGAUCACAUUGCUUGGCACAGAAUCUCAGGAAGGAAAGCUCAGACAACUGUGGGUGCUUCCAGAUGGCUUUUUAAUAUGCAAUCUGGUCACUGAGAAUAUUGCAAAUGGAUAGUUGGCUGUUUGUUUGUUUUUUUAUCUGAUUGGAGCUGUCCUGGAAAGCAAAUACGAAGACUGAAUUGUGGGUGGGGAGGGGAAAAUACAUCAUGCGGAUCCUGCAAAAAACAACAACAACCCCCACUUGCAUUGAUAAGUACCAAUCCCAUAAUAAGCACCCCAUGUGGAAGCACCUGCUUCUUUCUCUGCUGAUCACUUGAGGUAAAGGGAAGUUUCACAAAUCCUGUGCACACUCUCCAUCAUGAAGUGCCACCUGGGAGGAACUCUGGGUCUUUGCUUGGGUUGUACCAAGGGAUGGAGGAGCUGUGCUAGGAUGCUGCCCUACCACUCUAGUUAGAACCAUGAGACAGAAAUUGGCAGCAUCCUAAAUUUAAGCCAGGAAAGGCGCAAGGGACAGGAUGAAGCCAGGCGAAUGUAGGUGUGAGCCAGGAGCUUUAGGGGGAUGUGAGAGGCCAGGUGACACAGCCACCAGGGAGAUAUGUUCCCCCAUUGACAUGGGAGGGUGGUGCGUACCUCCAGGAGGCAACACCACAGCCCCAACCUUCUUGCGGCUACCCUGUUUCCCCCUGGAGGUGGGCAGGGACCUUGGUGACUCACAUCCUUUGGAAGCAAUCCUGCACUGGAUGAAUCUCCUCCGUCGGCAGAGCCAAGAACAGCGGUCUAAUGCCCAUGAAGUCCAGAUAGAACCAAUUUGAAAGUGCAUGAAUUUUGCAUGAAGUUCAGACAUGCUCCUAAGCACACAGUAUACUUAUUGACACGUGCAAUUUCUCUCAAAUUCUCUCUCUCUGCAGGGCAUCCUAAUGCUAGACGAUGCUUUCCAGAUAGCUGAAGAACAACGGGGAAGUUUGAAGAAGGUCCCUUUACCCCCUUCUCCUCAAAGGGGAAAGGCCUUUUUUGGGCAAGUCAUUGAACACAACACUCUCUCUCUCCAUGGAUAAAGGGCACACGUUACCUCAAGACUUCUGGGAGCUGCUGCAUUGCCUGAGGAUGAGGAGCAAAUACGCCAUCCUCCUGGUGUUUGUGGUAGCCCUUGUCAUUAUUGAGAAGGAGAACAACAUCAUCUCAAGGUAGGAGGGGGAAAGGAGAGCUGUGCUGGAAGAGAGGCUUUCUCUGUACCCUAGCGUAGCCUUCAGGCUGCAGCUAUAUCUUACCACCUUUGCAGGUCCCAACUUGCUACCACCAUCUCUCCGGCCUUUUGGAACAAGGUAAAUAUUUCUUGCCUCCCAGUGUGAAUUAAGCUACCUCUUUACCCAGGAAUGCAGGCAGGUUGCUCUUUUAAACAUCAUGCCCCACACAGGGAUGGGAGGCAGCAAUGGAUGGUUGGAAUUGGUUUCAUACAAAUUGAUUUGAUUUGAUAUAUAUAAAGAAGAGCCUUCUAGCAGAAUCCGCCUAGAAAGGGGCAAGAGGGAAUUUCACGAAGCGCACCUUUUCUCCCUCUUGCUUGACAAGCUGCAGCUGAACAGCUUUUAAAGGUAUAGAUAGGAUCCCAGUCCUCACAGAAACAUAGAAAACUGCCUUAUAUUGAGUGAGGCCACUGGGCUCAUCCAGAUUAGUGUUGUCUACAUGGACUGGCGGGACGCGGGUGGUGCUGUGGGCUAAACCACAGAGCCUAGGACUUGCUGAUCAGAAGGUCAGCAGUUCGAAUCCCCACGACGGGGUGAGCUCCCGUUGCUCGGUCCCUGCUCCUGCCAACCUAGCAGUUUGAAAGCACGUUGAAGUGCAAGUAGAUAAAUAGGUACCGCUCUGGCGGGAAGGUAAACGGUGUUUUCGUGCGCUGCUCUGGUUCGCCAGAAGCGGCUUAGUCAUGCUGGCCACAUGACCCAGAAGCUGUACGCCAGCUCCCUUGGCCAAUAAAGCGAGAUGAGCGCCAUAACCCCAGAGUCGGUCACGACCAGACCUAAUGGUCAGGGGUCCCUUUACAUGGACUGACAGAGUUUCACACAGGGCUCUCUCCAUCCCUGCCUGGAACCUGGGGCUGUCUAAAUGCAAAGCAAAGCAAAGUUACGGCCCUUCCCUUUCCUCCCCCCCUCCGGGUCAUCCUGCUUGUGUCAAAAGCCAUCUUAGACAGUGGUUAUUACACUUUCCAUAGACCACUAAUAAUUGACACUUCCGAGUGCUUAUACAAGCAUGGUAGUUAACUACCGUGGUACAUAGACAAGCAUUUCUAUUCUCAAACACUCCCUUUUGCUACCAGGUAACCUAUAACAGAAGAUCACUAUUGCCCGGGCUGGCUUUAUGGCAAGUUGCAAUGGCAGGGCAACAGCCUCUGGUGGCAAAUUGCGAAUGGCUGGUUGGUUGUGCUGCCACUUGUCCUUGCCACUUGUGUUGACUUUGCCGAAGAGAUACAUACACACAGACUAUGCUUUUGGACUAACUGAGGCACCGAUUUGCAAAUAGUGUUCUGGGGGAUAUAGGGAUUCCUUAGAAGGUUUAUCAGGGGUUCAGUCAGAAUAUUAGAAUUAGCAGGUAAGCAUCCUGCUAUGAAACUUUUCUUCACCCCAGGCAAGCAAGCCCAAGACAUUUUGGUGCCUAAUGUCGUCUCUACCCCAGGCCUUUGGCAAGUUGUUGAGAACCAGCGGCUAUACUUGAUUUAUUAAGGCCUGGAAUAACCUUUGAAACAUUGCAUGUUUAAUAUUGCUGCUGCUAUUCGUUAGGGUAACUUUUGUUCUCUUUCUUCACAGGGUGUCCGACAAACUAAAGCAGUCUCCGCAGUCCUUGAUGGAAGCCAACAGCACGGACUCUGGCUCGGUGCUGCCAGAGAAUGGCUCCCUGCUGUCCUUAAGCGAGCUGGAUGCGGCUUUCUCCCAGCUCAGGAACCGCCUUCAGAAUGUCACUUUGCAGCUCGGGGGGACUUUGCCAGCGCCUGUUCAGGGAACCCGGAGACACAUUCUUCUCAUGGCCACCACCCGCACCGGCUCCUCCUUCGUGGGGGAAUUCUUCAACCAACAGGGCAACAUCUUCUACCUCUUUGAGCCGCUGUGGCACAUUGAAAGGACCGUGUCCUUCGAGACCGGAGGCGCCAACGCCGUGGGCUCAGCCCUUGUCUACCGGGACGUCUUGAAGCAGCUCUUCCUCUGCGACCUCUACAUCUUGGAGAACUUCAUCAUCCCAUUCCCGGAGGACCACCUGACCCAGUUCCUGUUCCGGCGUGGCUCCAGCCGCUCCCUGUGCGAGGAGCCCGUCUGCACGCCGUUCGUCAAGAAGGUCUUUGAGAAGUACCACUGCAAGAACCGUCGCUGCGGCCCCCUCAACGUGACCCUGGCUACGGAGGCCUGCCGCCGGAAGGAGCACAUGGCGCUGAAGGUGGUGCGGAUCCGGCAGCUGGAAUACUUGCGCCCGCUCGUCGAGGACCCUCGCUUGGACAUGAGGAUCAUUCAGCUGGUGAGGGACCCCCGGGCGGUGCUGGCUUCCCGCAUGGUCGCUUUCUCCGGGAAGUACGAGACGUGGAAGAAGUGGGCCACGGAAGGCGCGGCGACCCUCAACGAGGACGAGGUGCAGCGGCUGCGGGGGAAUUGCGAGAGCAUCCGGCUCUCGGCGGAGCUCGGCUUGAGGCAGCCAGCCUGGCUCCGCGGCCGCUACAUGCUGGUUCGCUACGAGGACAUUGCCAGGUCGCCCCUCCAGAAGGCCAAGGAGAUGUACCAAUUCUCGGGCGUCGCCAUCACCCCGCAGGUAGAGGAGUGGAUCCGGAAGAACACCCAGGCACCUCACAACAGCAACGACAUCUACUCCACCCAGAAAAACUCCUCCGAGCAGUUCGAGAAGUGGCGCUUCAGCAUCCCUUUCAAGCUCGCCCAGGUGGUGCAGAACGUCUGCAGCCCGGCCAUGAAACUCUUCGGCUACAAGCUGGCCGGCAGCCCUGAGGCCCUUACGAACAGAUCGGUCAGCUUGCUGGAGGAGAGGAGGACCUUUUGGGUCACGUAAAGGCGCCACUUUGCCGGUGGAUUUUUCCGCAUCAUAGAUUUCUUGUCAGAUUGGAAAAGCUGGAGCGCAAGAAUUGUUGGAGGGGAAGCAGCGUGUAGCACAAAGGGUGGAGAGGGGGGACGCCUUCGGCUAGCCUGCUUUGUGCUUCUGCUUACCUUGCGCUCGCCGUCCUCGCACCGAGGUGCUUUCUGCUUUUUCUGGGAGCAGGCGUCACCUGCCUUUCAAAUCCCAGGCCCCUUGAUGGAUUUGUGAGGUGGCUGAGCUCAAUACGAAGGAGAGUUCAGAAGCUGGCACAGGCUGGAGCGUGAAGCGCUGGGUUCUGCUUUCCCUACCUCAUGUUCACAUCCUCCUCAGCAGAGGAGGGCCUUUCUCUUAAUGCCUGGGGCAUUUGUUCACUAAACACCCAAAGAGAGAAAAUAUUCUAUUUUUGAAAGUUAUUAAAAAGGAAGAAGAAAAAGUAAAGAAAUUGCUUUCACAUCCUGCUGGGGAGAUGUAAGAAAAGCAGAGUUGUUGCACUGGUAAUCGCCUCAGGCAGCCUUAAAUUUAGGGCUGAUAUUUGCGAGAGGGUGUGAAAGAGAGGAAAGAAACUUGUUCAUCCUUUUGACAAGAGGGUGUUUUGAAGGUUUCCUACUUGAGACCCUCAGAUAAAUUAAUGCCUUGUUUAAACUUGAGGAGAUGCAUUUGGAUCACACCAGUCACCGGCGGGGGGGGGGGGGGGAAACGACUGGCUCUACCGACAGUAAUGAGAGGAUUUUGCCCUACACCACGGACAGUUUCAUGUGCUUGCUGCCUUUUGUCUUGCUUUGCACCUAAGCCCUUGGAAGAGAGACAGAAAGCAGGCUAUGAAAACAACAUUCGACGGGAGAAGAGAGGAAGAAUGGAAUAGCAUUCAGCCUGUGUCCCUGAGGAUCAAGCUUCCUCAGUGCCAUCAGCUGUUUUGGUCUCCGAUAGUCUAUUUUUGAAAACAAACACCUGCCGUCUGGUUUUCUCACUUGUCACUGAAUCAAUUGUUACUGAAUCUCAUCCAGCCGACUGGAGGCGGCUAGAAACAAUAGCUGCUUUCUUGUGAGGUGACAGAAGGCUGUGGCUUUAACUGUGUUUCCCACCCUGAUUGCUCCUCCUUACCUCCAAUAAUUGUUUUUGUGUCCUUUUCAAGUGCUGGUUGGAAACUGCCAAUAGUUCUUUCUCUGCAAUUUCAGAGUGGGGGGUUGUUUUGUACAGAGCAGGCUUGCCGAAACACAGAGGGGACGAAGCAACAGGCUAUUGGAGCUGGUUCAGUGAUAGGAAAUGGAAAUGGUUUCUGCAACAGCAUGAAACAAGAUCUCUGAGAGCUGUCAAUAAGUUCCUCUUAUUCCUUUCUGGUUGUGGGUUCACAUUUUCGUUGCUUUGCUUCAAGUGAAUGUAACCAUGUAAGGAACCACCCAAUGAAUUUUUAGCACAUGUCAGCCCCUGCUAUUAAACUGAAGCACUUAUUAGCUUACUUGCCCUGCCUGGACUGAGCAUCCAAGGUGGAAAUACUGAGCUUAUUCCAGAUGAGCAUAUAUAUAUGCCAGAGGGGAAGCUGUGGUAGGAAAAACAACAAGGGGCCUUGCCUUGUGUCACUAUGAAUACAAAAGGAUGUAAUAUAAUAGCAUAUACCAAGAGUAGCAGGAGAUAUGUCACAUUUCUGAGUGGAGAUAGGUAUAAGACUCUGAUCCAUUCUUCACAGUUGUCACAGUUCUUUCUUGCAAUGCUAAUUUAACACCUUAAAAAAGAAACAAUUACUUUCUGUAAUAGGUAAAAUAUCUCCAAUCUCAAUUAGCUGAGAUGUCUAUGGAGUCAAAUAUUAUUAGAACCUUCAUUUCCUUUUGUUUCUUUCUUUUAACAAAUGCCAUUCAGCCAGAAGCUGUUAAUGCUUACAGCAUUUAAGACCAUUGCUUUAUUUUUUUUGGGGGGGGGGGAAAUGGGGAGAGAAUUGCCGAAUAAGUAACUGCAUUUUACUUUAAUCUGCUCAGAAUAGAACUGUAUGCAUCACGGUCCUAUUUUCCUGACAUGAAGUGAGUGAUCAGGGAAUGAAAAGAGGAUUUUUGCACAGCUGCGGGGAAAAAAUAUCAUCUCUCCACCCCACCCAGAAAAAACAGUUGAUUAUCUAAACAGAAAAUUUAUACCUUGGUGUAGUAGAAGAUAAAAAGAAAGAGUAUGCCGCUGAACAGAAGGUUAAGAAAAAUGCUUCUGGGUUGCCAUUAACUCUUUCCAAAAUGUCUUCCAAAGUUCCAAAGCUAGGUUUUCCACAGAAAGCAUCACAGAGGAAGUGGGUGUUCACAUCAGCUAAUUUUCACCCAGUUGGAUGACUUCACACACUCAAGAUUACUAGCACCAGUCACCUGUACAGCAAAUGAGCACAAAUUAUUCUUUCCCCUCCACCCUUAUUAACCUGUCUUCGGUGGAGAUAAUUUGCCUGACUGAUAAGUGGUGACUGAUCCUCGCUGUCUCACAGAUUAAGCGAUCAGCCGAGUUACCAAAUGAUGCCUAUGAUGUGUGAAAUUUCCCUCAGUCGUAAUUCAGGGAAGCCUUUAAACAAGGGUUGUGCAUUCAUUUCCAGUCCAGGACAGCACCAUGGGCAAAGGAGAUGGAUGUGGGCACAGUCCGCAUGGAUCUGGAGUUCUUCUGCACACAACAGGCAUUGAGAGCACCUGCCCCACGGUUGAAGGGAACCCUCUUGUCUAUGGUGGGGAAGGGGUGGUUCUUAGACGCAAGCAAAAUUCUCUUUUGGGGGUCACUGUAGGGAAAUGCUCAUGCUCUGUUGCAGUGUUUCCCAAACUUGGGUCUCUGGCUGUUUUUGGACUACAAUUCCCAUCAUCCUUGACCACUGGUCCUGUUAGCUAGGGAUGAUGGGAGUCGUAGUCCAAAAACAGCCAGAGACCCAAGUUUGGGACACGCUACUCUUGUAUAACUUGGCAUAGAGUGAAACGGAGUCCUGCUGAAUGGUGCGCAUUGAUGUAUGUAUGUAAAACACUUUUUUGGGAUCACUCAAAAGCUCCAUUGAUACACGUUCAUAUGUUUUGGACAACCAACUCCCAUCGGCCCCAACCAGCACGGCUGCUGUAGCCCAAAAUGUCUGAAGGCACCAGACUGGUGAAACUUGGUCUAGAGCAGGGUGGUUGCAUCCACAGCUGCAAUAUCCACUCACAUGGCGGCUCAGGUGAAUUCUGGGUUUAGGUACUAGCAGAUAUUGUUAGUGUGGUGUGGAGCCACACAAUCUGCCCAAAUCACGUGGUUAGAGGUUAUGGACACAGGAGACAGCGUGAUAUGGCACAUGCUACAAAAUGUAUAAAUGAGGCUUAAAUGUCAGUUUCUACACAGAAUAAAUAUUGAUGAAAAGCUACCUGUGCCAUUGUCAUAACGUUAGGGCACGGGCUUGCUUUUUGCCCUGGUUGGGAAGCUGCAUACAGGUGGCAAAGCAAACACUUCUACUGACUUUGCACCAAAUGGUGCAAAUUCUUCUCCCUGCAAGGUGGACAUCUCAGUGGAGGCAGAAUGCUACCUAUGAAACAGUCUUAAGCAGGACGAGGGUCAGAUGCAGCGUAGCUUGCUCCCUCUCUUGAAUAUUACUAGAAGGAAGCAUGACCCAAACAUGGCCUCUUCCAAAGGACACAGUACAGAGGUGUUGGGAUAGCUAUGAGAACUUUCUGUCUAUGAAAAACAAUAUGGACAGUCUUUACUUCCGAAUCUCAAGAUAUCCAGUCCACAGGCAGGUAGGAUACUUCAACAGCCCCCAUGCCCAUUGGAAAUUAUUCUGGUUUAUGGAAAGUUUCAGCCAGCACUGUGUUCACUAUGUGUUGCUUCUGCUGUUGCUUAAUUUUAAUUGUGCUUUCACAUUCUGUUGUGUUGUUGUUUUCAAAAAAAGAGUAAAGUACAACUGUGGCUUUGGUGAAAAGCAGCCAUAAUUUCUUUACAUCUACAAAAUGGUUCUAGUUUUGUAUGUUUUCUGUCUGUCUUUAGCUGUAAAAUGUGCAGUGGGUUUGUUUAUUUAUUUAUUGUAUGGGCGGGGAGGGGAAGUUGAAAAAUAACUUUAUUAGCAGAAAUUGGGACUGCACCAAAAGAAAAACAGACUCGGAAAUGUUUCCCAAUAAAUAGAAAUGCAAUUAAAUUAAGAGUAGCUCUGGUUAAAAUAAAACAUGUCUUUUUUCCCUUCGUGC